UUUGUACCGCUUCUGAUAAGGUCUUUUAUUUUGAAGGCUGUGACCGGUAGUAGUGGGAGUUGUAAUUUUUGGACUUGAUGUGCUGCCGCGGCUCCGAAGAGCGACAGCAAACAUGGACGUCACACGUGAGAGAAUGACCUAAACAUGAUCCUUACAGCUCUCUGUGGAAAAAAACAACAACGACAUCGAGGUAAGGACCAAAUGGUUCAAACAAACAUCGAGUGUCAUCACUGACCGAACCGAACCGGACCGUGUACCGGCUGAGAGUAGCCGCCUGUGCGCGAGCUAACGCGGAGAGCUAACAGCCGUUAAAGGCAAAACGUUUAACGGGAACCUUCGUGCGUCCAUUAUCGGACACGCCUCCCAACAGAGCGCCUCUUCAUUUUCUCAGGCUGACAUUUCUCCGUCAGAUUAACAGAGUUUCAUCUCACAUUAUCAGUGUGUUUUUAAUGUUUAAAUCCUUUUAUCAGACGGGUUUGCUGUCUAUUCUUGUUUUUAUCGGGUUGUUUUUUAUCUAUUUCUUCUUCGUUGGUGGCGUGAGUCGAGAACAGGUUGUUCCUGUCGUGGAUUUUUUUUUUAAAAAUGAUUUUAAAACCUACAAUAAAUAAAAAGCAUUAAAGAAGACUGAAGUAGAAGGAGUGUCCGACUGGGUCUCUGUCCGAUAAUAGACUCACCCCUCCUGCAGACGCAGGGGUUUAAAUAGCUGCAGCUGCACGCGACCAUCGUCAAUCUGUCACACCGUGAACCAACGCAGAGAGCGGGAAUAAACUGACCGGAUCAGUGUUUGUUUUCUGUUUGAUUUAUAAAUUAUGAUCUAUAUUUCUGUAAAUGAUUAUUAGAUGUGGAUUAAAUCGUGCAGAGACGUGUCCGAUAAUGGAAGCACUCUGAUAAAAUGGGGUCCAGCCUUGAAUGUCGAGCAGCUGCUGCUUGUCGGGCCUGCUCCCUCCAUCAGCCCCACGGGACUCCUGCAGACUGUGUGGGGUUUGUGGGUUUGGAGUGGAGCUCAACAGCAGGGUGAAAGUCUGUCUGUCAGAAACAAACAGCAGGUGUUUUUUUAAAGUAGUUAACAAAAAAACCCAAACUGAAAGUAAGAGUCACCAUCCAACCAAUUAAAACCAAAAGAAACUCAGAGGGUUGAAACAGACACCUAUAUCAUCACAGGUUGUUUUAAGGUAAGACAGACUGAUAGUCAAACCUAUACAGACCACAGGUGUUAUUAUUUUCCCCCUUUAUGAGAUUAUUUAAGAGUUUUACUGUGAGCUGCAGCAGGAAAGACUCAUCGAAAAAAGUCAUUUAGCAGAAGUUGACAGAUGUUUGUUUCUGUUUGUCUCCUCCUUUGUUGGAAAUCUGAAUAUUCUCGGUUCUGCAAAAAUGUAAGAAAACAAUUAAUAGAAAACAUGCAGCGUGUCAGUCAGAUGCAGGUGAGGACGUCCUCCUACAGGAACUGAAAACAUCAUUUGACGUCCUGUUGGGUCCCGUUUGGAUGGAGUAGACUCUGGUUUUUGCAGGUUUGAGUCUCUUCUUCAGUUUUGUUUUUGUUUUUCAGGGAAAAUCCAGCAGCAAAGACAGUCUGGUAGCUGCACAGGUUCUGUAUCUGGACUGGCGUGGGAACUCCUCGGGAAUCCCCAGAAAGAGACAAUCAUGUUUUAGAGGAGCGGCAGAAAGUGGGCGGAUCCUGGAUGAGGAUCAGUUAGACCAUGGUGGUGUACAGUUCAUCGGGAUCGUGACUCCUGGUAGUUAUUGAGGUUUUGCACGUGUGCUAACCAGGAAACACCAGGAAACGAUCAGCUGAGGUUUGAACCUGUAUCUGCAGAGACUGGAUGUCGGCCUGGUGGGUGGUGGUGGACGGUUUCUCCUAGUCCCCACAUCAGCGUCGUUCUCUGCUUUAACACUGGGUUAGUUUUACUCUUAUUACUGGUUCUGUGUUUGGUUUUGGUGCACCAACGAAAGAGCUGCAGAUCUGUGAACCUCGCUCCUCUCCUUAUAACAGUUAAAGGGAUAUUCCGGCUGUUAGGUCUAAAACCUGCAACAUUUACCUGAUAACAUAUAAAGAAGAGAAAGACAAUGAUAUAUACUCGAGGAGAAUGGACCGAGAUAGCUUCAGGUACCAUCUCGAAACCACUCUGAAAGGUAUUUCCGCCCAGUCUCUUUUAUUUAGGGUUGUCCCUGGUCACACAAUGUUUCUAAAAGGGUGGGGGUAAAUGUGCUGCAAAGUAAGCAUUUCAUAGAACAUAAUAAUGAACAGUUUGUGAAUAGCUGAAGGUCAAGGCGGCAUCUAACGAGCUCCUUCUGAUAAGCGUGUCCUCCCCUUAUUUCCUUCCCACGAUUCAUAGUGGAGGAUACAUCACACACACCUGCUGAUAGGAGAAACGAGUUCACAGAGAAGUUAAGAAACAUUCAUGUGCUGUGUAAUUAAGCUAUUGGAGAGAGAAGUUAGAAAACACUCUUAUAUGAUAAAAAUACUCUUAUAUGAUGUAUAAAAAGAGGUCAAAGCAGUUUAUACUUGUAGUAUAAACUCUUACUUAAGAAUAUGAGGAAUAAUGAUAACUUCUAUAUACAUUUAUGCACAUUAUUCUAACACCGGCGUAAAAUUAAUUAAUGGUCAAACACACCAUAACACUGAGUUAGACACCCCCUCCAGAGAUGAAUGUUGCCGACCGCUUGCUUCUCUAGUUAUACCAACUUUAGUAACAAGCGCAGGAUAGCAAUACACAGCAGUCUGAGGAGCCAUAAACAAACCUCAACCAAAAUGCCACUCUAUAGCCACAAAUAACGCUCAGAACAGCACCUAACUAAGUUCAUCAACAAUAUAGGGUCCCAGCCAUAGAACUAGCCACCAAACAUCUUUGGUUUGUAGGGAGACCUCAGGCCAGUCCAUUACGGACUACAGCGGGGUGACACACACACACACACACACACACACACACAGAGGUGACGCUUCUUCAGGCAGACAUGUUGGAGGUGUUUGGAAACCUCCGGCUGAAGUCCUUCUUGAACUUUAAGGGAACUUUAGCUGAACCUUUGCUGCGGUCCCGGUGUAACCCAAACCAGGGGCCUGUUCUACGAAGCAAGUUCAACCUAGCGAGGUAGCCUUGGAGCUACCUUGCUCAACUUAGCGCAGUGGCCAGCGGUCUCGCUAAGUGGUCCUACGACGCUGGUUAUCAACCUCAUAAGUGGAUCCAGCUUUGCUAUGAGCGCGUGCACACAUGUAAGGCGGAGCCCGCCGCAUCUGACCAAUCACGAACAUGGACCAGUCUGGAGCGUGAGAGCAGGCCGGAGAGCGAAGGACUGCAGGCUUUACAAACAAGGAGCAGGAGAUGAUCAUGAGAAAGUAUGAAGAAUUCAAAUCUAUCAUAAACCUCAAAAGCAACACCGUCGUCGCUGCAAAAGCACGGAAGGAAUGCUGGCAGAAAAUUAAUCUUUGAUGCCAUUAUCACCCUGAAAUAGCACUGUUCAACAUGCGCUUUUAACUAAGGUGAUCAGACGUCCCUGGUUUCCGGGGACAGUCCCCGAAUUGGAUGAUCUGUCCCCGGCUAAAGCUGUCCUCGAAAAUGUCCCCGAUUUAAGCGUUUUAUGAAUGAGAACAAAAAUGUUGCAUGUGGGCUAGAACAACGGUUAUUACAGUAGGUAGGAAGCACAAGUAAGCAGUCCUGAACAACAGUAUUUACGGGGUUAUUACAAGGGGCGUGCGCUGCUACUAAAUAGUACCGAGAUGUUGUCUGUGAUCACACAGCCCAUGCCUAUUUAUUUCCAAGAUGAAUUCAUUCAUUUGUUCAUUCCUAUCGUGUUUACAUUUUUUGUGUGAUAUGUAGGUCAUAUGAGCCUUUCAUAAAAGUGGUCAUCCGGAAAAGUAAGUGGGUCCGUGCAGUCUCUGAAAACUCUUGCGCGCCUGAGUGCUCCUCGGACAAUGCGAGCACCGAGGUCUAUAGGAUCCUCCAAGAACGGACAAGCCAUUUUUCGAGAGAGCUCAUUGGUCAGUGGGCGGGGUUUUUAUACUCAGUGAGUUCAAUCUGGAACCUAACCUGCCCCGGAGCAGGUUAGCCAUUCAGCGUACGUUGCCAUGCCAUGCCACCCCGAACUUACCCUCGAAGUUACCUCGCUAAGCAGUAAUCCUGCUUUGUAGAACAGGCCCCUGGACUCAGAUCUCACUCGUUGUCAUCGUUGUUUUCUUCCGCUUCAUCUGGGUCCAGGUCGCUGGGGCAGCAGCAUCAGGAGGGAAGCCCAGACGGCCCUCACCCCAGCCACUUCCACCAACUCCUACGGGGGGAUUCCCAGGCGCUCCCAGGCCAGACUGAGAUAUAAUCCCUCCACCUGGUCCUGGGCCGGCCACGAGGUCUCCUCCUGGUGGGACAUGUCUGGAACACCUCUAACGGGAGCCGUCCAGAAGGCAUCCUAGUCAGAUGCCCGGGCCAUUUGUUCAUUGUUAGUCUCCGCCCGUUUGCAUGGUGUGAAAUACGAUCCUCCUGAAACACGGACUGUUUUAUUUUGAAAAGAAGCCGGAUGUUUAAUUUUGUGUCUGUGCCCCACUUCCUUUCCAGCACGGGUUAAUCUGUGCUGAAUUUAUCCGCCAUGCUCCGGCGUCCAGAAAAAAUAGAACUCUUGCGAUCAGCUGUGGAGUCCAGCGAUCUGCAGCAGAACGGAAAGAAGUCGGUGGAAAUUGACAAAUUUACUUGAAUGGUUAUGGCAGCUAUGAUCGGCAGAUAUGGCCUGUUCAUAGCCGUUCAGGGUGCGGUGGAAAUCGGGGGUUCUGCAAAAUUGACUUUACUAUAUGGUAGAUCAUACAUGUUGUCGCUCAUACGUGUUGUUAAUCAUAUGUGUCGUUGGUCAUAUAUGAUGUUGUUGGUCAUACAUAUUGUUGGUCAUACAUGUUGUCGGUCAUACAUAUUGUUGGAUAUAGGUGUUGUUGGUCAUACAUGAGGUAGAUCAUACAUGUUGAUGGUCAUACAUGUGCACAUACAGGGAACCUCUCUAAACUCUGUGUGUGCAGACUGCAGAUCCCUGAGAUGUGAUCUGGGACGUGUCGCCUCUUGUAAAGAAUUUGUCACCACAGAGUGAGAUCUUGGAGGAUCCUUCAUGGUCCAUCAGGGAAAAAUGAGCUUUGAGGUAGACUGCAGGGAGAGGGUCUGGUUUUAAAGUUGGCCCAAAAGAAAGAGGAUUUCCUGAAAACUGUCUUAAUUAAAAGGUCAGUGACACUCUGAACUCUUUUUUCAAUCGACUAACGUGUUUGUAGAUUUCUCUAAACUGAAUUUGAUUCUAUCAAACUUCUCGCUGUAGUUUGACUUUAAAAUCCACUUGUGUCAGUGUCAGAUCGUUGUGUUCAGGGUCUUGGGGGUCUGCUGCAUGUUCCAGCAUGUACUGGACCAGAGGCUUCUCAGACACCCCCCCCCCCCCACUCCAGUUCUUCUGCAUGUCUGAAAAAAAAAAAAACCACAAACUGUCAAAUCGACGUUUCCAUCUGCAGACCUGCUCCUCCACAUUCCUGCUGCGAUGCCUUCACUGACGCCUGUUUUUUUACAGGAUUGCGUAACGGGGGGUGGGGGUGGUUGGGGGCUCAGUCCGGCUCUAAAGGUCCAAACCCGCCUCAAACAUUUCUGCCGUUUGAUGUCAUGAAUAUUUCCUGCAGGGCGUGUUCACAGACGCUCAGAGUGGCGUUUUCAGUUUCUAUAUGAAGUCAGGAGUUUUUUUUUUUUCUGAGGGAGGGGUCAUAGUGUCAUAGUGUUGAUGUCAUGGCAGCCCCGUGACCUCUGACCCCUCAACUGUGCUGUUGGAGUAAGGCCUAAACUGUCAAUGAUGGUUUGGAUGAAAGCUGCUGCUGUUGUUGUUUUCCUCACUGCUGCUCCUCGCUUUGGAUGAGAUCAUCUUCAUAUUAACUGUUAAAAACUGUGUGUGUGUGUGUGUGUGUGUGUGUGUGUGUGCGUGUGUGUGUGUGCGCCGCUUUCAGUCAUGUUGGCGAGCGGCCGCCCUCCCUCCUCACUCACCAUCUGUGUCAGAAUAAUAUUUCCCUGUUUUCUUCCAGCUUGGCCAAACUGCGCGCACACACACACACACACACACACACACACACAGAGAGAGCUUAUGUGUGGGUCUCAUUCAUCAGUCUCGUAAAGGUCACAGUUUCUCUGUAGAUAGUCUCUCAGAAGCUUCACUCUAUCUGAAACAUGACUCUCAGUUUCACUGUAUGUACUGUGUAGGGCCCGACCGAUAUGGAAUUUUUUGGGCUGAUGCCGACACCCAUUAUUAGGGGGGAAAAAAUCUGAUUACUGAUUAAUCAGCCGAUUUUUGAAAAUGUUUUAUGAAGUUCUAAAAAAUUUAUAUAUACUGUAGAUAUCUACAGUACACUAUAUACUGUAGAUGUACUGUAGGCUACUGCUCUUUGUGGCGACAGGAAGACCGACUAAUCAAACUAGAAAAGCGUUUUCAACUUCCGGCAUGCUCCGGCUUCCAGAAAAAAAAACUCUUGAGAUCAGCUAUGAUCGGCAGAUACGGCCUUUUUGUAGCUGUUCAGGAUAAGGUGGAAAUUGGGGGUAAGUUUAUCGGGAUGAACCUGAGAGAUGAACAAGAGAUGGUUUUGGUGGUUUGUCAACAUGAACAGGUCCUGGAUCUACUGAGACCAGGUCCUGGGGCAGAUCUGGGGACAGUGGAAGUCGAUAUUAGUCUGUGAGAAGAAACCAGAGACACUAAGACACACACACACACACACACACUCACACACACACACACACACACACACACACACACACAAUGGCCCUCAUUUAUCAAGUUUGCGCAGAUCUGAGCGCAGAUCUGAGCUCAGGAUUCAUCCUACGAUAGGACACACGUGAGAUUUAUGAAAGAGUUCGUAUCUGACCAAUCCCAGCGUACGUAUGAUCAGGUCUUGAUAAAUGCGGCGGCUGAAAUCGAUCGUCAUUAACAUGUUUACACCCUUAAAUAUUCGUGGUUCAGAAGCCUCGCCCACUGAGGUCAAACAUGAAAGAGGAGAAAUAUUAGAAAGAUGCGAAACUUUCCUGAGCUGAAAGUGGAUAUCCUCGCAUCUGUGGUGGAAACUAACAAGGAUUUUCUCUCUGGAAGCAUCAAAAGUGGUAUAAAAGCAGUCCAGAAAACUCCUGUCUGGAGCAGGAUUAUGGUGCCGCUGAACAGCGCUGCUGCGGAAUAAUGGUCCAUGGCUGAAGUUUGAAUAAAUCAUCAGUCAAUAAGUUGCUCAUGAUGAUAAAUUAAUAUCUCAUACAUACCUUAUUAAAUUUUUUAUUGCCAUGACAUAGGGUACGUUGCUCCUAUUAUUGAAAGUAUUUAGUUUUAAUAUGUUGCGUCUUUGUAAUGUAGAGCAGACUGGAGAGUCUGACAGAGGCUGAACAAAAGUAAUUAUUAAUGUCACCAAACGAUGUGUUGCGGCUCCUGAGGCACAUUUUGAUGGAUUUCAAAUGGAUUUUUAUCACUGAUUAAAUAGCAAGAGCACUUUCUAAACUUAUAUUUUACAUCAGAAUCCAUCGAUAAGGUCUCGUCUCCUCUGUACAGCAUCUUUGUGGAGUCUCUCCUUGUUAUUGUUCUCCGGGCAUCGGGUCUUCACAUUGCACCAGCACAGCCAACGGCACUCCAUUCACCAGUGCAACAUUGAGCUAAACUGUACUGGCCCAAAUGAUGUCCCACACCCUUUCAGGAGUGUACAACAACAUCCCCGCUGCUAGGCCAAGACAGAGACACCUGCCUUUUAGGAGUCAAACACAGCUCUCCACAGUGGCGCGUGUGCGCAAUGUUUAAACGGCGCUCCUGCUCUGUGGCAGUGUUUCUGGGCAGAGUUAUCAAAUAGGCCUAUUCACUAAGGACAUAACAAAUUUAUCUAUUUUAUUUACGUCUUAAUCUUUAAUGUAAUCUGUCUGAUUGUGCUUAAUGACAGGUUUGAGGUUUGUUUAUCAAUUAUUUAGAGACAGACAUUUGCUGCACCGCAGAUCCACACUGACUCAAACUUGCGUACACCAUGUCAGACAUGUCGUGCGAUUUGGUUGUAGCGUACGCUCACGUGCAGAUUGAUAAAUGCCGAUCCUCACGUCAAAAUUGUCAUACGCAAGGUGUACGCAAAUUUUCUGCCGCAUGCAAGCUUGAUAAAUGAGGGCCAGUGUGUAUGUGUAGAUCGUGUUGUUGUGUCGGUCUUUCUCUCUUUUGUGUGCCCCCCCCCCCCCCAUAUUCAGAUGAGUCUACCUGUCUGGACUAUAAACAGACCCUGGACCUGGUUUUCAUGAAUGCAGGCGGCUCACAGUGACCCGGGUCCUGAAGUAGACCAUGUGACAGUCCCCUCAGACCUCAGACCUCAGGUGUUUGAUCUAUAAAUAUCUCGGCGCUGACCCGCUUCUCUCCUCGUCCGUGUGUUUGUGUUUGUUUAUUUCUGUAGUUGUCAUCGACAACGUCGUCACGUAUGUUGCAUCAUCACAUGGGUUAGUAUUUUGGAGCUGGUCUUGGCAGUCCUCUUAAGAGCGCCGUUCACAAAGUGAGCUGGGUCUAAAUUUAGACUUGGGAUAUUUAGAUCUCCUUCAAGAGGAGUCUGCUCCUCCUCCUCUCUCAUCUCCUCUUUCUGUGUCGCUCUUCUGCUGACUCACCGCUCUAUGCUGAUUACUGUUUACGGGUCAGAACCGGCAGAACUGCUGCUGGUCCUCAGGUUCUAGUUUUCAUGGUCCCAGAGGUUUACCGGGGAGGAUUUAAAUAGAGGUCUGAGGGAGAGCAGUUAGUCCAGAUACAGAGAGGGGAAAAUAAAAGAACACAAAAACCUGCAGAAUGCAAACACACACACACACACACACACACACACACACACACACACACACACACACACACACACACACACACACACACACUAGAUCAGACUCAGUCGGUGCGUCACUGAUUGGUCCUUUAAUUACCAUGCUUUGUUAAUAGAUCGUUGUUUUCAGCUCACACACACACAACCACACACACACACACAUGCUGCAGGAGUAGAUUGUUUUGUGCAUGUCUCACGUGACUAACACUGACGUCUCUGUGCAGAGUGACCUGGUCAUGUGACCCUGCUGGUUGUGAUGUCACUGACAGCGCUCUCACUGAACAUAUUGAGAGACGUUUUCAGAGACGCUCGUGUUCGGAGACAAAGAGCUGCUGUGAUCCUCCUCCUCCUCCUCCUCUCUGCACCAGCUCACACACAGAUACACACACACAGAGAAACACACACACACACACAUAAAUAAACACACACACUCUCUGGCGGUGGAGAUGUCACCUCCUCCUCCUCCUCUUCGAAAACGAACCUCUCCGUUCCCUCCUCCGUCUUCGGCAGCCUCUCCUCUCCUCACUGCUGACUUCCUGUGGCAGCUUUUCAAAGUAAGGGUCAAACUGAAAGAGUGUGACAGCCCCCCCCCCCCCCCCCCCCAUGAAGACAACUCCACAGACAGUGUGAGACAGGAAGGACCUUUUUUGGAGAAGAGGGAGGGACCAAUCAGAAGGAAACUAUAACGUUUACCUCAGCCUGUGUGAUACUCGACAUCGUACAGACUCGUAGUCCUUCACGUAGGCCUGGGCGAUUUGGCAAAAAAAAUGAUCACGAUUUAUUUUGUCAUAUCGUCCGAUCUCAAAUAUUAUCACGAUUUUUUUUUAAACUGCCAGUUUUAAAGCAUCUGUACUAAAAUCUAAAGAAACUAGAGAUCAGUUCAACAUUUUAUUAUAUAAUCACGAUGUUGGUCUGAGGUGCUGAAGGCCCGCCCUGUCACCGCUGUCAUGUCGUAAACCCACUAGUGGUCCACAGAAACCAGUUUUUGAGGGACUUACUCCAGAACUGAUAAUGUGAGAGUUUUUAGAAAUCACUCUGGCCUCUCCUGAUGGGCUGAACCAUCUCUGAUUGUUAGUCAACAAAUACGCUGACCGACUGACAGAAAAAUCCACUCUCUCUGUGAGACAGCAGCGUAUUGCUACAGAAACCAUGAAGCGAGUUUUCAGUCUUUCAUAAACCAGGAUCUGAGAGUUCAGGGGAGUUCUGAGACUGUCACUACCUGAUCCGUCCCAGAAACCUGACUUGUACUGCGCAUAUGCACAAUGUAUGUUACUUCCUCUACCAGCCAUCUUUACGACAGCUCAGCAAUUCUUUGCCCCUCGCUCCAGUCAGAAUGGAUGCUUCAGUUGAUCACAGCCACACGCUUUUCUCCAUGGCGUCCAGUUUUACAAUUAAAGGUUCUUACUCCAGCUUAAUUGUAAAAUUGCAAUGCCGUUAUAAAAACAGGGUUUCCCCUACAUGCAAGGUUUCCCCUACAUGGCACACCGCCACUACUAAAUAAAUGCCGCCGCAACAAAAAAAAAAAAGUUUUUAUCUCUCAUAGUUCUACCUCAUAUCAGCAGUGUUUCCUCUACAUUCAUUCAGCAGUGGCGCACCGCCGCUGCUAAAUUACGUGCGCCGCGACUGAAAUUUCACAGGAUCAUUAAUAUCAGUGCGCCACUAAUGAUUCUACUCGCACUCUGUGAGCACAACAACACACAAUGUUAUUUUCGACUUGUUUUAAGUCAUCAAUGAGCACAUCGAAUCCUGUCAGACCAUCUUCCACUAAUGUGAAGGAUAACGUUUAAGCUUAUACACGGUCUGUAUAGCGAGUAGCGCAGGUGAAUGUACAAAACAUGAAUGUAACAGCGAAGCUCCUGGGGUGGCAAGAGAGUGGGGGUAACAACGACACCCCCGACCCAACGCACACACACACCGCCUCAGCUGCAAAAAUUUCUAGGGGAAACACUGAAAAGGCUUGAAUAAUUGUGACUAUUUUAGUGUUGAAAUUGAAACGCUGUAUAAAAAGGCUGAAAUUCAUUGUCCAUAAUGUGUAGGCUUCUUGUUAAUAAAUUUAGUUUAUAAAAUAAAUGAAAUUAAUCCUCUCUUGAUUUUUUGAAAAGUCGGAGAACCAUAAUUUUGACCUGGUGGCGGCACUCUCUGUGGCCCAAAAGGUCUGACCGUGCUGGGCAGGAGCUCUGGUGAAUACCUCGGCAUUAGCUCUGGAACCUCCUGCUAGCUAGCCUGUCACAUUGCCAGCCUGUUUCUGAAUUGAUCGGUAGUUUAGAUAAAGUUUUUAAGGUGGAGUAAAUUUGCACUUAAGCAGUUUGGAUUGGGUAGGUAGCGACUCACUGCCGUAAAAUACAUUGAAAUGCCAAGAGAGGAAGUGAUGAACAUGCACAGCACAAAUUGGGUUUCCGAGACGGAUCAGGUAGCCACAGAGACCUUCUUCUCAUGCGCAACAAAAGCAGGCGGCCAUCUUUGUUUUGGUUUGUUGACUCUGUCUGUAGUUUCUGGGUUUUAAUUCAGCUCCUCAUGAUUUCACAGUCCCCAUUAGGGGCCGGGUUAGACUCUCAUCUUCUCCUCGUGCUCGCAGCAGAGAGACUGAACAUGAAAAAGCAGAGGCGGUUUUUCUGUGAACCAGAACGUAGACCGGAUGAGGGGUUCAGGUUUCGGCAGCUGGUCUCAGUAUUUAUAAGAUCUUUGAUUAUGAAAGACUUCCUCUGUCAGCUCUCACUUCCUCUUUUCAGAGUUUCUGUCGGUUCAGAAAUUUGACGUUUUCAUUCACAGAAAAACUGGAGCAUUUAGAGACCUGAAGUUCUCCGCACAAAGACCAGGGAGAAGAAACCGCUGACCCCUUUAGAACGUGGACUCUGUUAAUGCAGACCCAGUCAGACCCUCUGUAAACGUUUGUCAGAGAAAGUCCAGUCAGAGACUCUGAAGUUACAUCACUGUGGUUUAGUGUGACGACACGGCUCAGCGGCGUGCUGUGACCUCAUUAUGAUGAAGAACCACGAUGUGUGUGUGUGUGUGUGUGUAUUUGGCGCGCAUGUAUGCGUGCAUGUGUGUGUGGGGUGGGGUGGGGGUUGGGGGGGCAUGAGUCAGUGAAGCAGCAGAUAAACCCUGAGAAGGGACACGGUGGACAGUUUAGGGUUAGGAUGCUGCUGUUGUCUCCUCCUCUUCUGAUUGGUGAGGAGGAUAAGAGCAUCGGUGGUUUAGAUGGUUCAGGUCUCCAGGACGAAGACGUCCCUCAGGUCAGUUUGAACGUCUCUGACUCUAAAUGUGGAGAUAUCUUCUUCUACUUUGUUAUGAAGACAUCUGUCAAUCACCUUCAGACUGUCCUCUCCUCCUCUCUGCUCUCUGACCCGGUAUGUGAUUCGUUCCCUGAUCCCUGCUGAGCGAGGUAUCAGAGCUGCUCAUUUCCUCAUUUUGAGGUCACAUGACCUCUUUUCUCAUUUCCGUAUGCAGAAGCAGCUAAAAGAGUUGAUGAGUGUGUGUGUGUGUGUUUGUUUUCAAGCGUUACUACAGAAAUAAUCAUCCUUAUUUUUAGCUCAGUUUUUGGUCUCUGAAGUUUAAAUUAGAAACAAAGCCAAGAUGGCGUUCACAGAAAUCGGAUUUUUCUCAGGCGGAAGCGCCGAGUCUGAGCGCCAAGUCUGAGCGCGCUGUGUAGUGAACUCUUACCUUGAGGAAAUCUGGUGCAUUUAUCCAGACUUUCCAUAAUGUAUUUAGAGCUCAGUGUGUGUGUGUGUGUGUGUGUGUGUGUGUGUGUGUGUGUGUGUGUGUGUGUGUGUGUGUGUGUGUGUGUAAGUGUGCGAGGUUUCCAUUGUUGCACAUAAAGGGAAGUGACAGUGAUGAAAUCGGCUGUUUCAGCUAAAUUGGCUGUUACAAUUGAGUUCAGACCCUCCCUCUGUUUUUUACAGCUACAGCAGAAACUCUCUCUCUCUCUCUCUCUCUCUCUCUCUCUCUCUCUCUCUCUCUCUCUCUCUCUCUCUCUUUCUCUGUCUUUCUCGGAAACGUCUUUCUGUCACAUCAGCUGUCCUCUCAGUACAGCAGGGCGUUGACCCCCUGUAUAUUUGAGCUUUCGAUGACUCAUGAAACUUUCCUCGAUGGAGACGUAGCUCCGUGGUUAUAAAACAAGGGAGUCGGUUUGAUUCAGACAUUGGUGGGACACAAAAUUGUCCUCCUGAAAGUUUCUGUUUUUUGCAUAUCCUAAUUUUGCAUCAUGUAGAGCAGAUCAAACAAGCAAACAAUCAUAGUCAGUAAAUUUUCAUGUUUAUAAUGUUUAUACUCAUAUAGUUUGAUGAUAAACAAUACAAUGCAUCAGAUUUCAUAAAGCGCUUUAUCAGAGACCCUCAAAGCGCUUUACAUUGGAUACAUCAUUCAUUCGCUCACACAGUCACACUUUGGUGGUGGUAAACUACCUUGGUAGUCACAUAAAGUCAUUGCCUGAGGCUUUAACACAAUUAUUACAUAUAAUUUAUUUCCCCCGAUAUAUGGAUGUAUAAAAUCACACGAGGAUCUUAUCUAGAAUCUGAGGUUUUAUCAUAAUUUCCUACCAAAUAUUUUUUUUCAUGUUUUUAUACAGCUGCGCUCUUCCACGAUAAUACAUAAAAAUAAUAGCUAAUUAAAAAACAACUUUAAAAAGUGUAUCUCAUUGGCAUAAAAUGUAGUCUUUUAUUCAAUAUCUGUAUUGUUGAGCCUCAACAGUAGGCUAUACCCUUCAAGUUACUUACACUUUGGCGAAGUUCACACUGCAGGUUGUGAUGCACAAUUCGGAUUUUUUUGUUAAAUACGGUCUUUUUGUUCGGUUGUUCACAUUACAAUAACAAAUGCGGCAUCUAAUGUGAACAGAAUGUGUCCAUGAAGUGACCCGCAUGCGCACAAAGCACAAAUUGCUUUUCGCGCCUGUUUGUGUUGUCGAACAAUGGUGACAUUUGUCGCAUAUUGAUGACGUAUAGGUCAGAUGAACGCGACCUGAGCGUCCACACUGCAGUCACAUCGGAUACAUAUAUCCGAUUUAUAUCCACAUACAAAAGAGGCCUGGGUCGGAUUUGAAAAAAUCUGAAUUGCACUGUUCACACUUAAAUUAAAAAAUCAGAUAUGUGUCACAUGGGGUUAAAAGAUCGGAAUUGACCUGCAGAGUGAACAUAACCUUAUAUCCCAUUACCCUUUCUCUGACAUCCUUCAAAUCCUAUUCCACACGUGCAUGCACGCAUGGAAACCGACACAAAUGUAAAUGUAAAUGACACCACUGAUAUUAAAAUCUGUUUAAGUUGAUGUGACCCAGGAACAAUAUGACAAACAUGUUCACACUUCACGGAUAACAUUCACUGUCUGCCUCCUGUCUGGUCCAAUGAGCAGGUAACUUCUACAGGUAGAUGUAGUAACAGCGGGGACAGCCAAUCACAUGUAUGUAAGGAAGAAACCGGCAGCCAAUCAAAGAGUGAUGUUUAGGUUAGAGGCGGGACUUCUAGCAGAGACCAACCAAGGGUUGUAUUGAUAGGGAGGACACUGUAGCAGCUGAUUAUUGGUAGGGACAUGUCCACGGUGUCCCUACCCGAUUCUACGCCCUUGAUUAUAACCCAGACCAGAAAUGAAAUGGAUGUCUCUGCGGGACCUUUAGGAGAAGACGAUCUGAUCUUAGGGUGUCAGAAACCGGACCACCACACAGUCUCAGAUCAUUCAAUCCCCAGGGGUCUUUGCUGCUGCUCUACCUGCCUCUUGGCUCUGGUCAGGCGGACAGCUCUCGGAUCAGGACCGGUCUCUGUAGUCCGGCAGGGGUUGUUGUUCCAUAGGUUUAAAUUGAGGAUUUCUGGAGUCUCAGCAGAACUCUGAAUAAAAGCUAACAGAUGAAUAAAUUCAGUCUAAUCCACAGAGCGACAGACUGCGGUUUCUCUGACUGAGGGGAGCAUCACCGAGUCACAUGAGCAGGAAGCAGGCUGCCAGUCCUCUUCCUGUUUGUCUUUUGACCUUUAACCCCUCCUUUCGUUCCACUUCCUCCUCUCUGUCCUUCCAAAACCCCCCCACCUUCACUUUCACCUCCGAUGACAGCGAUAACUGGAGCGCCGAUUCCUCUUGGAUGAAAUAUUAGAAGAGGAAAAUAAAAGGUUUAUAACUUUGAAACGGCCUUGAAUUAACCCUUUAAUGCAUUUUGUAUCAUACUUGAUACACUUACAUAUUUCUAUCAAAUCAAUAUGAUCAACAUCAGUUUCCAAAAACAUCUAAUGUAUCAAACGAGAUAAAUAUAUUUGUUAAAUUUUAAGGACAUUUAGACUUUUUUGGUUUUAAGUAGUAAGAGAAAUAAACAUUUCAGCUCCAAAAAAAUAGAAUUUUCUGGCCAUAAUUUGUGGUUUCAGGCAUUAAAGGGCUACAGACGUGAUUUUAAAUCAUCUAAACCUGAUAAACUUUAAACUUAUUCAUAAAAAGAAGAACUUUUAUUUAUUUAUCUAUUCGUGAUAACCAUCAAAGCUUUUAGACUGUCAGUGAAAACAUAUCUGAUUCUGGAGGAUUAAAAAUGUCUUUACUGUUGGUUUAGAGUCUGUUAUCCUGACUCAUGCUCAGUGUGUGUGCGUGCGUGCGUGCGUGCGUGCGUGUGUGUGUGUGCAUGUGUGUUUAUGUGUGCGUGUGUGUUUGUGUGUGCGUGUGUUCCCCCUCAGUCUGGGCUCACAGCAUCAGAAGAGGUUGAGGAUGGAGGGUGAGAGAGGGCGAGGGACAUUUACUGUUACAUAACAGCCUUUCAGCCUCUCACAGCGCACGCCCUAUUUUUAUAACACACAAACAAACACACACACACACUCCCCAGUGUCCUCUGCGGAUUUAAUCACAUAUUGAUUUUUGUAAAUAAACUCUCAUUUCUCAGAUUUUCUCCUAGAUUAUCAGGAACUCAUUUAAAGCUGAAGUUUUUAAUUUAAAUCUGUGACUCCUGUGUUCAUGGAGUAACAGUAAAGAGGUGAAAUUUCAGGUUUGUCUUUUUUGUCUCACCCUCGUCCAUACCUGCCAACACCCGGGAGUGUCCCGUAUUUCAGACCCAUCUCCCGCCCACCUCCUGUAUUGUCAUUUCUCCCGGGAAUCUCCCGUUGUUUGAUGGUCCACGUUCAUUUAUGAAUUUACAAAUAUCAGAUCAAUAUAUUUGUCCAAAGUUUCUAGACAACUGAAGACACAGACACUGGAUUGAUACUUUGACUUUACAGUUUAAGUUUACAGUUUUCAAGUCAGUUUAAGCUGUAAACUAUAUUUUAACAGUUUUUGUUGUAAAAUGAACAUUUCAGUGAAAGGGAAACAAACCUGAAAUAUAAUAUUUACAUUGAUAGUCUUGCACCGUCUUGGAGUGGUGCGUUCAGGGCAGCUUCAGAUAAAAGAGUGCUGUAUUGCACACAUAGAUGUUCAGAGAGCCUCAUACGGGAGAGCAUGUCAAACAUAUGCAGACUUUAAUAUUAGUGGACUAAAGAAGUUCAAGGUAUAUCGUAGCUAUUAUUUUUUUGAUUACCAUUUUUUAUUGUUAAAACAAAAGAGUAUGCAGCUUCACUUAUACCUAUUUAGAUGAGCAAUCUAAUUACAAAUACUCUCAUAAUAAGCUCAAAUCCACCAUACAUGGUAACCCUAAAACUGCCCGGCUCACAAAAAUCUCCCGGAUGUUAUAACCUAAAUGUUGGCAGGUAUGUCCCCGUCCUCACUGACAUGUUUCUAAAUCUGAUUUUUGACCUUUGACUUGUAGUUCCACCUGAGCAGAUGUCUUUAAAAGUUUGGAAAAGUUCAAGUUCAUCAUGAAGGAAAUAAAAGUUUUAUAUCCACUGAAGUCACCUCAUGUGAUCUGCAAAGAUCAGAGUCUGUUCCUGCAGACCACUGAGACGGUCUUUAGGAGACUCAUAAUCCAGACCAGAAUCUGCCGCCUUUAAACCCUGAGGUUCUCCCUCCUGUACCUCCUGACCUCUGACCCCUGACCCGGUAUCUCUCUCCUCUUUUUUUUGGUCUCUGCAGUGGAGGGCAGACAGGCGGCAUGACAGAGGAGAAAUGUCCCCAGCUGGUGGACUACUUUGUAGUGGCAGGUCUGGACCCUGCAGGGCCCUGGAGGCCCCUGGACGAGGAUGAAAAGACCUCCACCUCUUCCUCCUCAACGCCCUCCUCCUCCUCCUUGUCUUCGUCUGGUCGGGCGGUGGAGUCAGUUACGGAUCUGGUGGUAAUCGCCCGGGGACUCGGAGAGGAGGUACCAGAGGGCUUCACCUGCAUCGAGAGGACACUGGGCGGACACUCGGCCGAGCUGAGCGCCGGUCUCAUCAACAACCCUCACCUGUACCUGUGCUACCGCCGAGGACGGGACAAACCGCCAAUCCUGGACCUGGGGUAAGAAAAACCGGGUCACUGUUAGUCUGAUUACAGAGGGUUUACUACUUGGAAAAAGAAAAAGUGGUGAUGAUAAUAAUGUGAAGAUGAUGAGGGUGAUGAUGAUGAUAAGGAUGAUGAAGAUGAUAGUGAUGAUGAUAAUGAAGUUGACAACGAAGUUGGGGAUGAUAGUGAUGAUGAUGAUGAUGAUAACGAUGAUGAUAAUGAUGGUAAUGAUAGUGAGGAUGAUGAUAACAUUGAUGGUGGUGAUGAAGAUGAAAGUCAUAAUGAUUGGUGAUGAGAAUGAUGAGAAUGAUGAUGUUGAAGAUGACGAUCAAUGUGAUGAUGAUGGCGGUGAUAAUGAUGAUGAUGGAUAUGAUGAUAAGGAUGAUGAGAAGAAUGAUAGUAAUGAUGAUGAAGAUGAUGAUGAUAAAUAUUAUAAUGAUGAUGAAAAUUAUGGUAAUAAAGGGAUCAUGAUCGUGAGGAUGAUGAAAAUGAUGAUAAAAGUAAAGAUGAUGAUGAAGAUGAUGGGAGGGAGGAUGAUAGUGAUGAUGAUGAUAAUGAUAAUGAUAAUACAGAUGAUAUUGAUUAUGGUGAUGACAAUGAUGGUAAUAAUAGUGAUGGUGAUGAUGAUGAUGAGGGGGAUAAUAAUGUUGAUUGUAAUGAGAAUGAUGAUAAUGAUAAAAUAAAGAUGAUGAUGAUAAGGAUGGUGGUUAUGAUGAUAAAAGUAAUGAUGAAGAUGAUGAUAGUGAUGAUGUUAAAGAUGAUGAUAGAUGUAAUGACCAUAAGAUGAGAAUGAUGAUGAUGAUGGAAUAGGGAUAAUGAUGAUAAUGGUGAUGAUGAGGUUAAUGAUGAUGAUGAUGAUUGUGAUGAGGAUGAUGAGGUUUAUGAUUAUGAGGAUGUUGAUCUUGAUGGAUGAUGAUUUUGAUUAUGAUGAUUAUGAGGAUGAUGACAAUGAUAGUGAUGAAGAUGAUGAUGGUGAUAAAGAUGAUGAUGAUGAUAGUGAUGAAGAUAAUGAUAGUAAUAAUGAAAAUGAUGAAGUUGAUGUUGUUGCUCUGAGUAUAACCCUUCUCCCUGGCUGAAUCUGCAGACUUCUGUCCCCUCAUACAGCAACUCAUUAACAGAUAAUCUGCUGUUUAGACUCGUUAAAGGGGACCUGCCAUCAAAAUUUCAUAUCCAUUUUUAUCAUUUUUUCAUAAUCCUUGAUGUCCUCUGAUCAUGUUUGCAACAUAAUUUUAGCUGAAAAGUAAUUUGAUGGUUUGUUUUAGUAUGCCUAAAAAACCUUACAGGAAAACCAACUGAUUUUGGCUCAUUAACAUUUAUGGUAAUGAGCUUUGCUCUGAUUGGAUUGCUGCUGUGAAGCCUGCUGUGCUCUUAUUGGCUCAGCAGUGGAGGUUCGGAUUUCGAUUUAUCCAUUUUGCUAAUAUGUGCUAAAGUAAGGUGCCCAGAUGUCUGUAAUGAUAUCCGGGGAUAUUUGAUGUGGCGGCGGCGGCGGCAGUAGGGGCUGCAGGGGCUGUGUGAUCACAGACAAAGUCUCGGUACUAUUUAGUAGCAGCGCAUGCCCCUUGUAAUAACCCCCGUAAGAACUGUAGUUCAGGACUGCUAACUUGUGCUUCCUACCUAUUCGGCUACUGUAAUAACCGUUGUUCGAGCCCACACGCAACAUUUUUCCCCUUAUUCAUGAAACGCUUAAAUCGGGGACAUUUUCGGGGACAGCUUUUGCCGGGGACAGGUCAUCCAAUACGGGGACUGUCCCCGGAAAUCGGGGACGUCUGGUCACCUUAUGCUAAAGGCUAAAAAUGGCAGGUAUUAAACCAUAUAUUUUAGACCCCGAGUCCGAAGAGGAGGUGGAAGUUGAAGAAGAAGCCGGAGAUCUCCAGCGGUGUUUUCUCAUUCAUUCUGCCCAGCUUUAAGUUCAUUUUCCCGGCAGUGAACCCAGGGAAACACCGGUCGUUUGGAAGAGACCCAGAGCGGAUACAGUGGUAGCUGGGUCUCGCUCUGGCUGGAGAGUGAUGUUGACUGUGAAUGAGUACGAGAACAAGAGAGUGGGCACGGCUCACCAAGGACGCGCUCGUGAAUAAUAAUGAGCAAGGUCAGCUCGACGUCAGAAGGACCUGCUUUUUCAAUUGGCCUGGUUUACCCGUUCCUUUAUUUUAAACCUUUACAGAAUGCAAACAACGUUACAGUUUGUUUUCACAUUUACAACAUAAGACGAACAUAAUAUGGACCUUAUCUGACACAAAAAACACACAAAAUUACAUUUUUGAUGGCAGGUCCCCUUUAACAGUUAAUCAGCUGUUUAAACUCAUUAACAGAUAAUCAGCUGUUUAGACUCGUUUACAGAUAAUCAGCUUUUCAGACUCGUUUGCAGGUAGUCAGCUGUUUAGAUUUGUUAACAUAUAAUCAGCUGUUUAGAUUUGUUUACAGAUAAUCAGCUGUUCAGACUCGUUAACAGAUAACCAGCUGUUCAGUCUCAGAGUCUCUAUGAUGUUGGUUCAGGCUCAUGUUGUUCAUGUUAAAUCUCAGGAUUAUAUUAUCCUGAUGAUUAUGUUACUCAGCAGCGGCUGUCAAACUGUGUCGGGUCCUGGUCUCUCUUUUGUCUUUUUUGCACUCAAAUGUUUAAUUACUCUGGAUUACACUCCUGUUGGAUGAUAACGAGGUUAUCCUCUCACAUCAGAUUACAUGGUCUCUGGAGAGAUGGAGAAGGACAGAAACCUAAGAGUUAAUCUCAUCACAAAAAUUGGACAGAUUAGGGACUCUGAUUUUUCAAGGUCAUGAAAGGAUUUGAACAGGAUGAGAACUGAGUGUUGGGAUGUUGUCAAAUCUUCAUAAAAACAGACUUUGGUCACUUCAGAGGAAGAAGAAGAGUUUCUCUUUGAGGAUCAAUAAAGUUUUUCUUCUUCUUCUUCUUCUUGCUGAAACAUGAAGGUCUUUUUCAGAGAUGCUGGAUCUGACCUCUGACCUGUCUUUGGUGCAGGUAGGGUUCAGGUCCUCCUCUCAGAGUUCAGGAUGAUAACUUGUCUCUGCAGGGUUCUCUAUGAGGGGAAGGAGCAGCUGAAGCAGGGCUGGUACGUCAUCGAGACCACUCCCUACAGCCGCUCGGCCAGCCUCAGCUCUGGCGGCGCCCCCACCGCUCACCGCGUGUUCCUGACAUACAGACGUGCUCUGGACUCUCAGGGUCUCCACACGCUGGGCGUCACCGACAUCGCCCUGCUGAUGCCGAGUAAAGGAGAGGUCGCCCCACACACCUUCUGCAGGGUGGACAAGAACCUCAACACUGGGAUGGUGGGUCUGUCACACAAGGUUACAGCUGUGGCCAAAAGUUUAGAGAAUGACACAAAUAUGAAUUUUCACAAAGUCUGCUGCUUCAGUUUUUAUGAUGGUAAUAUUCAUAAACUCCAGAAUGUUCUGAGGAGUGAUCAGAUCAAAGUCCCUCUUUGUCAUGAAAAUGAACUUAAUCCAAAAAAACAUUUCCAUUACAGUUCAGUCCUGUCACAAAAGAAUCAGCUGACAUAAUUUUAAUGAUUCUCUUGUUAACACAGGUGAGAGUGUUGAUGAGGACAAGGCUGGAGAUAAAUCUGUCGAAUUGACUGAGAAAGAAUAACAGAUUGGAUGGUUUAAAAGGAGGGUGGUGCUGAAAUCAUUGUUCUUUCUCUGUUAACCAGAAAACACCUGCAGUCAUUAUUGCUUUGGCUGGACAGGGUAGGAUGUCGCUGUUAGUAAGGUGCACCUAAAACAAUCAUUAAUCAGAUUAUCAAGAACUUCAAGGAGAGAGGUUCAAUUAUUUUGAGGAAGACUUCAGGGCACCUGAGAAAGUCAACCAAGCGCCAGGACUGUCUCCUAAAGUUGGUUCAGCUGCAGGAUCGAGUAACCACCAGUGCAGAGCUCAGGUGUGAGAGCAUCUGUACACACAGUGAGGUGACAACUUUUGGAGGAAGACCUGGUGUCAAGAAAAACAGCAAAGUACAGGGACUGGACUGCUGAGUCAUUUUCUCUGAUCAAUCCUCCUUUUAUGAUUGUUUGUAGAAGAAAAGGUGAGUGCUACCAUCAGCCCUGUGUCAUGACAGCAGUUAAGCAUCCUGAGACUCUUCAUGUGUGGGGUUUCCUCUCAGUCGUGGGAGUGGGCUCACUCACAAUUUAGUGAGUGAGCCCACCAUCAAAGAUCAGUUUGGUGACGAACAAUGAUGGAGCGCCUUACAAUCAAUCAGGAAAUAGUGGACAAACAAAAACUUACAAAUUGACACUAAUGAAAUGUUUAUAAUUAAAUUUUAGUAUAACAUAGAAACAUCUGAGAAAAAGAUCUAAAAACACUGAAGCAGCAGAAUUUGAGAAAAUUUAUAUUUGUGUCAUUCUCUAAACUUUUGGUUCCGGCUGUAGAUUUUUAAUGUCUGUGUGCUUAGGGGCCACAUCUUUUUUUCUUCUUCUGCAGUCCUCUCCUCUAAACCACUGACUCUGCAGGUCAAUCUAACCCACUCUUGUGUCUGUGGUUGUGUGUCUGUGUUUGUGUGUCUGUGUUUGUCUGCAGUGGGGUCCAGCUCUGUACAUGGGCUACAAGAGAGCCGUAGCCAAAGCAAACGCACUUGUCUACAAAGCCAGUGAGUAUCUAUGACCCAGACUAACUGGGCUGUCAGAACCAAACGAACCAGAAACCGGGUUUAAAAGUCAGAGAAGGUGUUGACCCGCUGUUUUUAUUUUUUUUAAAUUAUAUAGUGUACUGUACAUAGUGUAACUAAUAUAGUGUAUACAUCUCAUUACAAUACAUUUCCUUUCCUUUUUUCAGCUGUAUGUGUAUUUUUACAAACAUCCACAGAUAAUGUUAAUAUUCAUGGCAAAUAAACAAUGUCCACUCUAAAAUACAGAUUUAUAGGCACAGAUUCUAGUCAGAGACAGGAUGACAGUAUUUUGAUAUGGAUAGGAAGUUCUUACACCAUGAACAUAAACUGUUAUUGCAUCAAUAAAGGUCCCACAAGUUCCCAUCUUUCAAUAAAAGAGGCCCUCUGAAGUCUUAAAAUGUGAUCUGCUCCAUUUGAUAAAUAUCCAAAUAUUGUAGGAGGAGGUUCUGAUGGUUAUAGACUCAAUAAGAUGUUGAAGAUGUUUUAUUUUUAUGACCUCCUGUCCAAAACUUCAGGUAUUACUCCCAGUAUUGAGGGAUCUUCAUUUUAAAAACCUCCUUCAGGGUGUUGAAAACCUCUGUCCAAAACACACUUUGACCCCCUGGUUUGAUGGAUCUGUGGUUCACACUCUUGUUUAAGGAUGGUUCAGGUUCUUCCUCAGGUGCUGGUCCUCCACAUUUGGAUUCACCAGAUCCCAUCAUGCUCUGCAGGUCUGCUGAGUCGGUACCCGGAGGAGGACCUGGAGGCCUUUCCUCUGCCGGAGUCGGUGCCGGUCUUCUGUCUGCCCAUGGGGGUCACCGUGGAGAGCUGGCCUCUGAACGCCAAGUACCAGCUGCCUGUCUUCUCCACCUUCGUCCUGACCUCAGCCUCAGGGGACAAGGUCUCACACACACACACACACACACACACACACACACACACACACACACACACACACACACACACGAGUACAGAGCAUGCAUGUCCACCAAAAGGUCCGGUUUGGUUCCUGCCUAAUGAAAAUCUGAGAGGAGCUAAAAAUUAUUGUACCAUUGAGACCCCAGACCAGUCUCUGUCCUGUCUCUAGACUCUCCUCUGUGUAACUCUGCCCCCCUGCUGUCCCCGCAGGUUUACGGAGCAGCGAUCCAGUUCUACGAGUCCUUCCAUCGGGAGCUGCUGUCGGAGCGGCAGAGCGUGAGGCUGGGUCUGCUGAGCGUGGUGGACCGGCGCCCGAUCACCAACCGCAGUCUUCAGGUGAAGAAAAGCAUCUGCGUCCUCUCUCACUGGCCUUUCUUCACCGUCUUCCAGAAGUUCCUGACCUUUGUCUACAGAUACUCCAUCUCUGGACCUCACGUCCUGCCGCUGGAAAAGUAGGUCCACCUCUGACCUUCAGGUUUCAGACAGAUGACCUUUAACCUUUUCUUCUUCUUCGGUCCUGAAUGUAGACCCGGGCCGUUUUCGAAUUCUCUCCUAUCCUAGAAGUUCGUACUGAUUUGCCCAAAAUGUAGUAUACAGUAUUCAGUAGGUGAACAAAUGCGAAAUUUGCAGUGUGCCAAAAAUACCCGGGUGACGUACUGAUUCAGAAAAUUUUACAGUCUGCAUCGGACCAGUCUGCUUUGCCUUCUGUUACCUAUGAUGCAAAGCGCCGGGGCAGACGGCAGAAUAGCGGAGAGCGGCAAAGCUAUUCACCGGAGCGUUCUUUUUCAAAGAGGACAGCUAAAACACGUGUCCUUCUGACAGCCACUCUUCUUCUUCUCCUUCUUUAUGUGUAAAAACCACUGACAAGAAUGUUUUGUUGUCAUACCGUACAGAUUUUAUCCUCGAUUUCCAUCUCCUCAAAUUUUCCUGCUUCUCCUCAUCCUUUAUACUGUAUGGUACGCCUGAUGUUGACCACACACAGCGUGGUCCAUCAGCCAUGUUUCCAUCACACAGCUGGAUAGGCAGCUGACAUUAGAGGGGGUCUAAAGCUUUAAUGCAGAAAGGUGAGAAAACUUGAAAACAGUCAAACUCAAUCAGCAGACAAGACGGUAUUUGAAAUAAACUGGCAGGAGACAGGAGUUUGGAUUAGAGGGUUCUUUGGAGUUGUCAAACUAUCAAAGGGACAAAGGGAAAUGAGACCACACCACGCAGAUGCCAUCAGUUAACACGUUUAGUGAGGAUUGUAACUUCUUUCAUUUAAAAGUGGUGUAGUCAGGAUCUGAGGAAGUUCCAGUUUUGGUAGAAAUCUUGAAUGUAAACUCCUCCUCUCCCCUCCCUCUCAGCUCCAGCAAACCCCGCACACAAACAGACACUCCUGCUCGCUCGGAUCGUUCCAAUUAAAUUCAGAUAUAACGCAGAUAAAUACUUCAGAUAAUUACAAAUGGGGCCCAGUCAACGUGAAAGUAAAGAGCAUUGGUGCUACUGUUGAUGCCAACAGACUACCAGCAAACACAAUGUUUGCAGGACUUCUACAACUAGGAUAAAGUGACAAAGUCCAGGACCUGAGGUCAACAGUUUAGUGGCGCUACAACAUGCAGCAGGUUUCGUUUGACAAGAAACACUUCUGUUACAGACUCUUGGCUUACUUUGUUAAAGCGGUUUACCUGUCCAGCAGAAAGGUUACAGGGUCACCAAGAUCGUGAAGCAUCCCCCAUCGUUUAUGUUGACCCAGCUUUUUAGCUCUUGUCUGGUCUACCGCCGUUUUAAGCAACCGUUAUUCCAUCAGAGUUUCCGAUAUUUACUUCGUUUUCUUGCUUGUGUCGGCAGUCAUGGCCAAAGGAGAAUUCAGACAAUUUUCUGUACUUUCUGGUUGGUUUCUACUGUCUGAUAUUGUAGCACGCGAUCUUUGUUUGGGCUUGUGAACGACACGAGGGACCAGCGUCUGCCUCACAACCAAUCAGGUUGGGGAGGUGGAGAACGGCUUAGUUUACAGUCAAAAAGAGCGGAGUGCCCAAAAAAUUUAAAAUGUUGACUACACAGACAUAAGAGAACACAGCGAUAUCAUUAAAUUACCAAAUGUCAUCAAUAACUAAUAACUAUUGACUGAUAUAGAAAGCUGCUUCCUUAACAGAUUCCUGCUUAUCCCACCUUUGAGCAGGAAACGAGGACAGCAUAACUAACAACAUAACUUUGCUGUAUUUACAGCACCGUGAAGAGAAUCAAAUGCCGCCAGGUUAACGAAGCAUUGCACAGACAGAACACGUUUUGAUGGUAGUGGGCUAAAAAAAUCAAAUUAAGACACAUUAAAGAUUUUUUUCAGUGUGUAAAUAAAUGGGCAACACUGUAGUGUCGUUGUAAUUUACCAGAGUAUGAUGGACUUUUCCAUACUGGAAACCAGCUAAACCAGGCCAACCAUACUACAAAAUAACAGCCGACUUAGAGACUGCAUACUACCAUCAAACACAGUACUCAGUAUGAAGUAUCUACUGUGUACUGCUAUCAAACACAGUACUCAGUAUGAAGUAUCUACUGUGUACUACUAUCAAACAUGGUACUCAGUAUGAAGUAUCUACUGUGUACUACUAUCAAACACAGUACUCAGUAUAAAGCAUCUACUGUAUACUACUAUCAAAUACAGUACUCAGUAUUAAGUGUCUACUGUAUACUACAAUCAAACAGAGUACUCAGUAUGUAGUAUCUGUUGUAUACUGCUGUCAGCAGGAGUAUGAAAUAUCUACUGCAUACUGCGGUCGGCAGGAGUAUUCAGUAGGCCAAUUCGAAAACAGCCCUGGUCUUCAGUGACUCUUGAGUCUCUGUGGUUUUUGGUGUCAAUGUUUUCUAACCCGUGUCCGUCUUCUCUGUCUGCAGACACAUUUCCAGCUUCAUGCACAACGUCCCGUUUCCCUCCCCACAGAGACCUCGAAUCCUUGUUCAGGUACAGAACCAAACCAGAACCUACAGGUUCUCUAGAGACCAGAAUAACAGAGGGUUAACUUGACUCUAACUUUAGACUAAAAACCUUUGCUCUCUUCCUCAGCAGGAUUCUCAGCUGCUCGCAGACAGUUCAGGGUAAUUUUGGCCCAAUCAGAGUUUUUUUUCAUCAUUAAUCAGUGAAUUAAAUUCAGAUUUACUGAUCAAAUUCUUCAGAUGUGAUCAAUUCCUUUCCUGAUCGUUUAGAGUCUGACCUGAUGAUAGAAUCACUGAAGUGUGGCGGUAAUCUAGUGUGUGUUUGUGUUCGAUCAGCACUCAUGAAAAGUUCACACAACAUUUGACUCUCCAGCUUUGCCUCUGAAACCGGAGGGAACCAGACUGUGUAGAAAUGUGGGUUCUGAACAAAAGAGACCUGACUCUGGAGGACCGGGGACCGAGCUCUGGGUUCUGUUAAUAGUCUGAGCAGCAUUGACCAAUCAGGGAUCAGCAAACAUGGAGAAUUACGGUCCCUCUAAAUCUGAAAGAGUUCACAGUCAGUCUUUGGGUUUGCGCUUUAAUCAAACAAAUUCAAUGUUUACUUUAUUUGUAUGGCACUUUUCAUGAAUACAUUUCAGAAAUAUAAUAAUUUUAUAGAUAAAUAAACAAAUAGAGUUUAAAAAAAAUGGUAAAAAAAGAGAGUAAAACCUGAUGGACUGAAACAAGACAAUAAAUUAAAUACAAUGAACAGAUGAGUAAGAGCUCUUUACCAUAUAAAAGGGGCAAAAGAAGUAAAAACCUCUAAGGCAAGAGUUAAGAAAAAGACAGAGAACAAAGAUAAUUACUGUAUUUUUCACACUAUAAGGCGCACUUAAAAUCCUUUUGGCUUGUCGGAGCACUACAGCUACCGUAGCCUCGCAGAGUUAUUGAAUGAGUGAAAUAAAGUUUGGCUUAUCUGACUGUUUUGUUUGGCUUAAUGCGCUUUAUAAUCCGAUGCGCCUUAUAGUCCGGUGCGCCUUAUGUAUCAAAAUAGACGCGUUCAUUAAUGGUGCACCUUAUAAUCAGGUGCGCCUUAUAGUGCGAAAAAUAUGGUUAUAAAAUGACAUAAAAGAAACAUUAAGAACUGCGAUUAAAAUGAACAUUUGCAAUAAGAGAAGUAUAAAAAGACAAUUAGUGAAAAGCCUGGUUAAGAAGGUGAGUCUUAAGCCUCUUGUUAAAAACAUCAACAGUCUCUAAAGAGUUAAUUGAACUGAACAAAACCUUUACCCGGUUUUCAGCUGUAGAUCUGCUGAUCUGACCUCAGCAGUUUUUCUUGUGUGUGAUCAGGAGUGAAGCUGUAGGUUGAAAUCUUGUCAGAACUGAAACAGACAGUGUAGAUUCUUCUGAAGGCCCGACUCUGACCCGUUUGUUUUGCUCUGACUCUUAAUCUUGCAGCUCUCUCCGUACGAUAACCUGCUGCUCUGCCAGCCGGUCUCCUCUCCACUCCCACUCAGGUCAGUCCACAGCAGCAGACACUCAAGGACACUGAGCAGAGACUCUGAACCUCCAGAUCUGUGGUUCAGAGUCGAUCUCAGCAGGACAGAUACUCGGACCAGUCUUUGGAUGGACGUUUAUCUCCUCCGAAAACCCUCCAGCUCCAGAACAUUGCUCUGCUCUGUUUUAGUUUAAGAUAAAAAAAACUGCAACAACAAAAAGGAAGAUUUGAAAGUUUUGAGUUAAUUUCAGACUAAUUUUUAGAUUAUUUUAGUUUGUAUCAGAGAUUAUGAGACGAUAGUACAACAGAGUAUUAGGGCCACAUUAAGAAAAAAAAAAUUAAGACUUAGAGAUUAAAAUCAUUAUUUACGAGAAUAAAGUCGUAAUAAAAUCACUAUUUACGAGAAUAAAGUCGUAAUAAAAUCAUUAUUUAUGUGAAUAAAGUCGUAAAGUAAAUGAAGUCUUAAAGCUGCUUUAGUGGAGGAGGAAUGUCUGAACUGGUCAACUGCAGAGUUAUCUGUGGGUUCAUCAGUAGGCCAUUCAGAGAACUUUUGUGGUUUCUCAAGAAACAAUCCAACUGAUGAUCAAUAUAUACGAUUCAGAGGGAGUCGAGCUCCGACGAUCACUGUGUCUGUCUCUUAUAAUGGCACAACACCAACAGUAACCUCCACCUGCAGAGGCACCAACACCUUAUGGCAUAUAGAUUCAUACGAUAAACUAAAGCCAUAUGAAACUAUUGUUAUAAACGGCUGCACUGAGGGAUUUGACCUCUGCACAGACAUUUCCAGCCAUUCCCCCCCUCCUCAAAAACAGUGAUUCCCUACAAGUCCGCCUGUUCUUUCUGUAGAAAAGAUGCAUUUCUUACUUUAUUACAACUUUAUUCUCGUAAGUAAUUACUAAGUCUUAUUAUUUUUUUUUCUUAAUGUGGCCCUAAUACCCCAUCGUACGAUAGUGAUAAUCUCUAUAUUUACUGAUUUAUGAUUAUCUCAGUCUGAUAUAUCCACGCUCACUGGUGUCCUGUUUAUAAACUCUAACGUGUGUGUGUGUGUCUCUGUCUCUGUCUCUGUUGCAGCGGUGCGAGUUUCCUGAAGCUGCUGCAGAACCUCGGUCCGGAGAACGCCUGCACGCUGCUGCUCGCUGUCCUCACCGAACACAAACUGCUGCUGCACUCGCUCCGCCCCGACGUCCUCACCUCCGUCAGCGAGGCGCUUGUCUCUGUGAGACCUCACACACACACACACACACACACACACACACACAAACACUCCCCCACCCUCCUGCCGAUCAGUGCCUCCACGUCUUAACUCACGUCACUUAUUUCUGGUCUGGUCUCAUCUGGAGACAUGCAGCUGCCUCAGUAAGAGAAGUAGUUCGAUCACGUAAUGUGUACUGUUGUUUAUUCUACUGUUUCUGGCACGGCUGACAGUGUAGCAGGGCUAAUAGCAGAUGACUAGCUCUAAUUUUAGCUUGCAUAUUACAUGGUGCUUCACCGUUAACUCGGCGUGACCGAGACCAGCACAGCGGGAAACAUCGUGAAGUGGGUUGAACUAAAACUUGUUGACUUAUUGUGUAUUUCACAAACUAGUUUAUUUACCGUUGAGGAGGACCACUCUCCUCUGUGUGUCCCUGAGCUGCCUGCUUCAGAUUCGUCUCUCUGCUGUGCUGUGAGGUAGUUAUUGGAUGAAGACUGUCAUGAGGGCGCUGCACCAUUUACAGGAUAAGUCGGGGAACUUUUCAAAUGGUUUGACAUCAUGAAACAGAAUCUUAAUCCCCGCAUUUUAUUGCUGAAAAUAUCAGCAACAAUUGGCGAGUUUUGGCCGAUUACCAAUUAGUCUCAAAUGGGCUAAAAUUGACCGAUUAAUCAGCUCACCGUUAAAUCGGUUGGGCCCUAGUCGUAACCUUCAAUCAAAGAAACUUUUCCACUUUUUUAAAAUCACUUUGAAGAAUUCAAAAAUCACUCUCUAUUUUCCUGUUAUCCGAUUUUUCCACUGAGUAAAAAUUAAGGUUUUGAUUUUGGCAGCACAUUUUUUAAACCCUGUAUGUGUUUGAACUGUGCAGUUAAUUUUCUGUUAUUUUGUUCAUUUUUCUGACUUUUUUUCAUAUAUCCUAAAUAAACAGUUCUAUGUAUGUUAUAUAUUUAUACAUUGAUUAUGUGUCUUUUAUUCACAGUUGUUUUCAAGUCUCUCUUAUCUACAAAUCAAAAAUGUUUUUGACUUCAUGUAUUUUCACGUGUUUGAUAUUUUCUUUUGCUUUUACAGCAAAUUUCUUUAUUUCUUGUGUAAUACAUUUUUUUUUAUCCGUGCUGAAUAAAUUAUUCACAGUGUGUUACACUUAAUUUAAUGAAUGUGAUGGUCAGACUAAAUUCUGUCUGUUUUUAACUUUCAGAAUAAAAGGUAAAAAGCAGAAAGUGAGGGAUCAGAGAUGUUGGACUCUCUCGUGUGUCUUUGUUUGUCUGGUUCUGGUUUUAUAAAAGCAGGAAGUUCGGGUUUCUCUGUGGAUCAGUUUUAACGCAGCUGUACCUUCAUGACUUCGUGACCUCUUGGUUUCUCUUCCUCAGAUGACUUUCCCGCUGCGUUGGCUCUGUCCCUACAUCCCUCUGUGUCCGCUGCAGAUGGCUGAUGUGUUGCUGGCGCCGAUGCCGUUCAUCGUGGGCGUACACUCCAGCUACUUCGACCUGUAUGACCCCCCCGCCGACGUGGUGUGUGUGGACCUGGACACCAACACCAUCUUUCAGUGAGUCCUGGCCUCUCCUAUCCACAGCCGUAGACAGAUGAGUUCAUCUUGACUGUUGGGAUCACCUUUUCUUCUGUGGGAACUGUUCCUCCUCUCUCCUCUCAGGUCGGAGGACAAAAAGCCUUUAUCAUGGAGAUCGUUACCCAGAAAACAGGGGAAGAUGUUAUUCAACAUGCUCACAAACCUCCACAAGACCCUAGAGCAGAGUGAGUCACAGCAGGAGUCAGACGAUUGGAGACCAGAAUUAAAAAGUUUGAAUUUACACGUUUUAAAGCCCGCAGGAUGAAGGCAGUCAGCUGCUCUCUUCUCUCGCUGCAGUUUGCACUCCAGGCCAGGAGGAGGCGACACUGGAGUUCCUGUUGACGGACUACGAUCAGAUCUACCGCAGUCAGAAGCAGCUGGAGCUGGAGAUCCAGGAGGCCUUUCUCCGUUUCAUGAGCUGCCUGCUUCGAGGAUACCGGACCUUCCUGCUGCCCAUCACUCAGGCGCCGUCUGACACCACCACCGACUGCAGUUCACUCUUCAACCUGCAGGGUGAGCAACGACAUGACAGCUCCAUGACAGUGAAGACAAAAGAUCUAGAGCUCCCUCUGUAGACUGGCUGCAGUAUGGGUCUUAAGCCCCGCCUCCUCCAUGUAAACAGAUGGGACGUGAGUCAAAUACAAACUGAUGGUUCGGUGUUUUCAUCUGCCUGCAGGUUUCCUGAAGUCUCGAGAUCGGACGCAGCAGAAGUUUUACGGUCAGCUGACGAGGACUCAGAUGUUCACGCAAUUCAUCGAGGAGUGCUCGUUCGUCAGUGACCGACACGCCUGCCUCGAAUUCUUCGACGAGUGCGUCCAAAAGGUAAAGGAGCGACGGUCACGUGGAUCAAAUUUUAAAAACUCUUCUGGAGUUUAAAGUCCGAUCAGAGAAAUGUGAAUAUUAGUGAAUUAUUAUUAAUUAAUUAAUUAAUUAAUAUUAGUGAAUAUUAGUUGUUGUUGAUUAUUAAUUGCACUGAAAUGUGCCUGACACUGUGGAAGUCAAGUCAUGUUUGUUGGUUUUAUCUCUGAGGGGUUAAAGCGUCAGAACACAGAGCGUGAUCUCUAAAAAACAUGUUUGGGGAAUUUAAAAAAAAAAAUUGUAUUUAUUUUUCCUUUUUUAUUGAUUUCACUAUCAAUAUUCCAUCAACAUUUUACAUACAUUGAACAAAUUUUCAGCUGUAUAGAAUAUUUCUCUAUGUCGGAGCAGAGACAUAGACAUAAACUUCUUGAAGUGAAGUUCCAGUAGAAUAAGUGAAGUAAAAUGAAACACUUUUCACUCCUCUAUUUCAUUGUCUUUUUUUCUCCUGUUGGAGGGUAAACAUAAUAAACAUAUGAACAAUGAACAAGUUUGUAGCCUGAACCAAGGGGAUCAAUAAUCUACAAUACACACUGGGCUCUAUUUUCACUCCUUGCCGGUGGCAUGGGGCAAGCGCGGCGUAAGUCAGGUCCGCUGCACUGACAAGGCGCGCCCAAGCACAUUUUGGUGAACAGUGCAGCCUAGCGUAAGUAAGCGUAAUCUCCCCUCCCUAACUCAGCUCUUCCCAGCGGCGUAAGUCGUAGGGCGGGAGGGGAGAAGGUGUAGAGUGGGUUUAACACAGCUGAGACCUGUUUUCACCAAUCUGAUCAGCUCCUCUCCUGACCUUUGAAUCCGCCACCGGCGAGGCAUAUUACAAUUUUUGUGCAGUAGUCAAAGAGAUCAAGAGAUGGCUGCAGACAGCAAUGCCACACGAUGGCCACAGAAGGCAGUACCUCAACAAGUGUCGCUGUAAGCGCUGCAGAGGGUGUCCUGCACACUUUCUCUAAUAAGCACAGAUGGAUUUGGUGUGUGUAAGGUUGGACCCACUGGUAAGACAAACACCCUUUUUCACAAAUAAAGACAAUCUCAUAAAGUUGCAUAUAUUAAAACCUCACGUGACAAAGGUGGGUUGUGCGUACAGAUCACAACAUAAAUUCCUAUAAUGGCAUUAAACUUGGAACCACCUGUGCGUAAAUGACGCGUCGUGCUCCGUGGCCUGGCUCUUUCUUUCAUAGAUGUUGGCAUGUAAAAUGAAUUUGGCUCAUGCAACUGAAUCACUAAAAUAAAUCUGUUUAGCCGCCGCAGCAGGACGGGGAGAGGACAUGGUGACAUGUUCAGGUCGAGCUGCGCGAGAAAUCAGAGGAAGAGAAAGAUAGAAAUAGGGGGGAGAUUAAUUAAAUAUCUUGUUCACUUCAUCACGUGUGUCUGUUUACUAGAUAUUUAAUUUAAUUUAAUGCGGUUUCAGCUCAUCAGAUCGGAUAUAGAUCAGAAUAUAUCUAUAGAUCCAAAUGUAUGUGCUAACUCAGAAUAUUAGUUGUUGUUGAUUAUUAAUUGCACUGAAAUGUGCCUGACACUGUGGAAACCUGCCUGUGAGGCAUCAGUGACGUAUAUGCACUACGACACCGGUCUACCAAAGUACCACUAGAGCAGCAGUGAUCCACCUGCGCUGAAAGCUGACCAGGUUUGAAUCGGCGAGCUUCUAGUGCACUUUCUACGCUACUGGCGGGCACGAAAAUGUCACUGUGCCAGCUGAUUCUGUCAACACCUCCCCAUACUGCUCCACCACGCCCAGCAUGGCGGACCUUGGUGUGCCACAGUCUACGAAAAUACCAAACUGGCUGCGCGCCGGGCUCCGCCAGACCAAAAUACCACUGCAUGGGGUCUGCCAACCUUUCGCCGUGCCGCCGGCGGGCACAAAAAUAGAGCCCCAUGUCAUUACUGCACAAAAUCUGCUCUCAAUUGAGACACAAAAUCAACCCAGUUUUUCCUGUAGUUUAUAAAAGUUUCUGUUUUUAGUGGAGAUGAGAAAGUCAGCUUCUCCAUUCUUUAUAGUGAUCAUUACCUCUACCUAAUCCUUGAUUUUUCGUUCAUCUGUUUUUAGCCAAUUUCUACUGAUGGCCUUUUUAACCGCCACCAACAUUAUUGGAAAUUUGUAUUUUUCUCCUGACCUUGUUAUCUUACCUGGUUCUCUUUUCCAAAAAUAUAAAGUUUCAAAUCUAAGCGGAAGUUACUCUUUUAAAAUAUUUUCCAUCCUCUUCUUUAUCUCCCGCCAAUAAGGUAUAAAACCAGAGCAUGCCCAACAAAUAUGAGUUCAGUUUGGUGAAUUUUACAAACAUCAGACAGAAACAGAUCUUUCAGACCCGCUCAUUUGUUCUCGGUGAGGUUUUUGUCUGAAGAUGUUCGAUUAAAUCAGGAAACUUUCUCAGAGAAAAUCCAAACCCAGUUUUGUGGUUUUAAACUUCCAAGGACAGUCAAGUGGGCGUGUUUUUGGUUUUUGACUCCAGGUGGACGUCGAGAAGCCGGAGGAGGUGCGGCUGGUCGAUCUGGACGAGACUCACAGUGGAGAGCACACAGUCUUUAUCAUGCCUCCUGAAGAACCACAGGAACCUGAUGGGUCUGAAUGUCCUGCCCUCUACAGGUACAGAGUCUGUCUGUCCAGUUCCUGGUUCUGGAUGGAUUCUGAUACUGAAUAUGAGACAGGUGUGUCCCUCACCUGAACAUCUCUGUUGACUUUGUCUCAUUUCUCCAUCGUCCAGUUAUGAGACCUUCCCCACGCUGAAGACAGACCUCUUCGACCGACCUCAGGACCAGCUGAGGGUCCCGACGAAGGGGAGCGCCCCCAGUAGCCCCGCCCCCAGACGCACAAAACAGGUACAUCAACACACCAAAGUGCACUGUGUCCUCUCUCUCUCUCUCUCUCUCUCUCUCUCUCACUGCAGGUGUGCGUCCCCUCUGUCGGCUCUAAAUGAAAAUGAACAUCUUCAUCAUUAAAUAAAUCAUCAUCAUGAAUGAAAAACCGUUUUUCCGGCUCACACCUGCAGAAACCAGAUCUCUGGGUUUUACGUUGACCCACUUUUCUCCGAGCGUGUUCUCAGUCUGAGUCCGAUCAUUUUAUUUUCAUGAAGCUUCAUGAAUAUUUCACCGCUGCUCCAAUAUUCAGGGGAGCAGACCUUCUGUGAGGGUCUGAGGGUGAAAACGUCAGAGAUGAUUCAGAGACAGUUGGACUGAAAUGCUGAGAGGAGGACUGGAUCCACCAGGAAGACCCACUCCAGUGUUCGUGGUCACUCCUGCAGACCUGUGUUAACGCGGGUCAACAUUUAAAAAUGCAGACUACAAAAACUGCAGCCGGGGACUCAGCCCCACAACUAAGACCUUCAGUACGGGGACAGUUUUUACAUCUAGACCAACAUUUAGUGUGAACAGACAUCUUUGUCUCUCAGGAUGAGGAGGUUUCCAUAUUCUCUCCCUCACAUUCUUCUCCCUCUUUUUCUUUUUCUUUUUAAUUCAAGUUUUUAUUGAACUUUUCACGGUUCAUGGCAAACUUUUGUAUUUUUAUACAUACAGGAACAGGUAAUUAUAAAGGGUUAACUGUGACAGACUUAUCACAUUUUUCUCUCUAGGACAUACCUGAUGGUGACGUUUCUGCGGUUCGUACCUUCACUUCCUGUCAUGUUCUCCUCUCCUCAGGAGAUCAAGCUGGCCCAGAAGAAAGCCCAGAAGUACUCGGCGGUACCGGACAUGUGGUCCAAGUGUCUGCUGGGUCACUGUUACGGCCUCUGGUUUAUCUAUCUGCCCACCUUUGUGCGGGCAGAGACCGCCAAGGUGCGAGCGCUGCACACUGCCUACGACGUCCUCAAACACAUGGAGAACCGCAAGGUGGUGCUGCCGGACGAGGUGAGAGAGAGACAGGAGGUCAAAGGUCACCAGUGUAUUUAAAAUGAGAACUCCACAGAGUGUGCGUGUGUGUGUGUGUGAGUGAGUGUGUUGUUUUUUGUGUGUGUUUCAGGUGUGUUACAGGAUCCUGAUGCAGCUGUGCGGUCAGUACGGUCAGCCCGUCCUCGCCGUCCGAGUCCUGCUGGAGAUGAAGAAGGCAGGAGUCACACCCAACACCAUCACCUACGGAUACUACAACAAGGUACACACACACACACACACAAAGUAAGAAGCCAUAUCUGUUCUGUAGUUAAUUGUGUCAGCUGACCAGACUCACGCUCUGACUUCUCGCCGUCCUCCGUCCUCAGGCGGUCCUGGAGAGUAAGUGGCCGUCCACCAGUCAGGGCGGACGUCUCCGCUGGGCCAAGCUGAGGAACGUCCUGCUGGCUGUGGCUCAGUUCAGACAGCCAAUCAAACAACGGCAGAAGAGUGGCUCGGUGGGGUCACAGGGAGGUCAGGUUCUCGUGUUUUCUGAUGAACUCUUCGUCUUCUCCUCCUCCUCGUGUAUUUUUGUGAAGAUGAAAGAUCGUCAUGGUGAUUUUUAUCAAGUCCAUUUGUUUAACUUUUCUGCAGAAACGGUGAUUGACGCUGAUCACAGGCUCCGCCCCCAGUCCGCUCUGAUUCGUCAGUCCAGUUGGAGCGGCCUCUCCGAGAGCUCCAGUCAUGAGUCUCUGACGGGGUCGAUGGUGAAGAGCAGCAGCCUGAGCAGCAUGAAGACCCCCAAUGACAGUGAGUAGCGGACUCGCAGUGACUCUGUCAUGUUUGACUGCCACGCCGCCAUCGUCCUGGUGGAUCGGCGUUUGUUCUCACUUCCUCUUUUCCUGAAACAGAGAUCAAACUCUGCAAGAAGACCAUCCUUCGAAACGCCGGUACCAAUGGCUGGGCCGACACAGCAUCCCGUAAGCCUCCUAUGGGUCGCAGAGACACCUCCACCCCUCCUCCAGCGCCCCCUGGUGGCACUGUUUUAGUGAGGCGGAGUCAGGUCUGCCUCUCCACCUUCUACAAAGAGUAUGCCGAGUCAGCGGACUCCGAGCCGGACUGUUGUCAGCCCGCAGGGAGAGACGGCAGGUGAGUGAGGAGGAACUGGAUUCCUCUUCUCUGAGUUUUUUUAAGUGUUGUUUCCGUCAUCCAUCAUUUUUGUGGGUUUUAAGAUCUUUUAACCCUUGGUUCAUUUUAGCUGCAUCCGGCCUACUUUGUCCCCAAAAUGGACAUGCAGAUAAGUGUUUUGAAAAUAAUCAUUUUUUUACAUCUUUUUCUAUUUUUUUCGACUCAUAUCUCUUCAAAUACUUCAGCCUUGAUCAUUCAAAAAAUAAUGAAUAGAAAAUUCGAUGUAUUACUUUUUUAUUCCAGUUUUUGUGCGCCAUGUCACUGCUUUUUUUAAUGGUAAAAACACAAAAUCGCCAUAUUUCCCAUAUAAAAUGGCCAAGAUGACUUUUUUUUUUGAUAAAUCGAGUCUGGGCCAUGUCAAUGAUGAGAAGUAAAACCGAUUUUGGUGCAUUAAAAUCUUUUUUCAAAACAGACAUGCAGAUAAGUGUUUAUAAAAUAAUCAUUUUUAAACAUUUUUCCUUACUUUUUAUGACUCAAAUUACUUAAACAACUUCAACCCUAAUCAUUAAAAAAGUAAUAAAUAAAAAAUUCGAUUGUUAACCCUUUUUAUGCCAGUUUUUGUGCAACAUGUCAUAUUUGUUGAUUAAGUGUGCGUUCUAAACAGCUGAGUCUAUUGGAGCAGAAAAACACGCCAUUUUCACUUCCUUCUCUCGAGCCUCGUCCUCCACCAAAUCAAAUGUGAUCAAAUUCAUUUGUUCAUAUUAAAUUAAUUUUAUAUAUAGUCAUAUAAAAUCAGAAGAUAUAUGUAAGAUAGGAAUCAUUUAUAAGUGGUUAUCCACCUCUAAUCAAAAGAUGACUGAUUACACGCAUAUAAAAAUAACUUCAUAUUUGAGAUGUGAUAUCUUCUCACCUAAUAAUCCAAAGGACCUGUUCAUCCUCAUACAUGUCCAUCCACUUGCUCUGAAGUGAGGGCAAAGUUGAAAUUGUCCAAAUGUCCCCCUCUCUUUGUCCCACACUGCAGAACUUGGAUGUUGGUUUUUCCACUGUGAAAAGUCACGGUAUGCCCGCUUAUAAACAUGGACGCAGAUUCUCACCUGUGCACACACGCAGGAGCACACAAACUUUUAAAUUUGACCCGGAUUUUAAAUUUGAGAAACAGAUUUGAGAAACAGAUCAGCGGAGUGGUACAAAAAAGUUUUUAUCAGCUACGUCAAAUAGUGAAGGUGAAGCCCAUUUUAUCAAGACCUGACCUGGAAAAAUUAAUCCAUGCUUUUAUAACUACCCGUCUUGAUUACUGCAACUCCUUGUACGUAGGGAUCAGCCAGGCUUCCCUUGCCCGCCUGCAGCUUGUGCAGAACUCUGCUGCACGUCUCCUGACACAGACCCGCAGGCGUGAGCACAUCACCCCCAUCCUGGCAUCCUUACACUGGCUCCCUGUUCAGUACAGAAUUCAUUUUAAGCUUUUAGUAUUUGUUUUUAAGGGCCUGAACAACCUUGCUCCACCCUAUAUUUCGGAGAUGCUCCAGCCUUAUCGCCCACCCCGACCCCUAAGAUCAGCUGAUCAGCUUUUACUGACGGUCCCCAGUACUAGGCUGAAGCUCAGAGGGGACAGAGCGUUUGCAGCUGCUGCCCUAAGCUCUGGAAUGAGUUGCCCUUGAAAAUAAGACAGGCCUCCUCAUUUCCUGUUUUUAAAUCCCUUUAAAAACGCACUUUUACUCAUUGGCUUUUAGUACAUUGUAGUGUUAAUUUGUUUUUUAUCAUUUUACACUUGCUGUGAGCCUCCUUAUUUUACACUUGUUUAUUCUUUUGCAUUACUGUAUUUCUGCUUGCGUUAUCUUGUUUUUUGAUUGUUUUAUUUGUUUUUAUGUCACUGUACAGCACUUUGGCUACCCUUGUGGUUAUUUUAAAUGUGCUAUACAAAUAAAGUUGAUUGAUUGAUUGAUUGAUUGAUUUUCCUUACACACAUAUCCCACUCUUAGACAUCCAUAUCUAGUGGCAUGUAAAGUUUCAUUUAUUUCUGCUGAUGUUUAGUGGAUGAAUCAGCGCUUCAAACACUCUCAAUCCAUGAAUGAAGACUUGCGAGUGCGGCACUGAAGGGGUUAAAAUUAUUUGCUGGCUCAAUCUGUUGUAUCACGGUAGGAAACAAAUUUAGAGCCCUGCUGAUCGACUGACUGCAAAAAAAGGUUGUAAUAUGUGGUUAUAGUGCCAUAAACACACGGUCAAAAAACUGUUUUUUAUGGAAGUCUGUUGUCCAAUUUGUGGACAAAGGAGGGUGGAUGGAGCUAAAAUGCGGCGAUGGAGAACUACAGGUGACACAGAGGUUUUUUUUUUAAUAUGAAGAAAAAUAAGAACUCUCACCAAAUUUGAUGCCCCAAUCUUUAAAAAUGUGACUGUCAGCUCAAAAUAAAGAUGAAAAAAAUGACAAAUGCCCUCAAAACGGACAUAGUAGGUUUUUUUUAUUUCACUCAGACUUUUGAUUUGCUUCAGUUUGUAUCUUCAGACUCCAUGUUUAGAUCACACUAUCGUCCUCUAAACCACAUUUGUCCGUCCUCUGACUCUCAGACCUGCAGGGACUCGAGACUCGUCCAGCAGAAACAAAGGCGUCGACGAGAACUACAACAACGUCUCCUCCCCGAGCCGAGGUCUGGCAGGGAAACUCCAGCAGCUCCUCACGCCGACCAGACACCGAGUGUCCGUCAGACGAGCCGCCAGCGUGGACGACAGGAGACCGGGAGGAGGAGGAGGAGGAGGAGGAGGAGGGGUGAGGAGGGUGUCGGAGCAGAGACAGUCCAGGAAAGCUCAGGUUGCUGAAACGUUGCUGAAGGCCAAGGAGAGGCUGGUCAGCGCCACCUCUGAGGUUUGUGACUGUAUCAGGUUUUGAGUCUCUCUGUAGGUCUGGGACUCUUUAAGGUCUCCUCAGGGUCAUGGUCUGGUUUUUAGUCCCUUCAUCUGUGCUGACAAGGCGUCGUCCAUAAUCUGGCUCCAUGUUUUGUCCACUCAGAGUUCGUUGUCUGUAGGAAGUGACCUGGACUUGACAGACACGCCGAGUCCAGCCUAUCCUCUGCGCAGGUCCUGGGAUGCCAAUCAGGAGGGGGCGGGUCUGGAGGUGAGGGACCCUCGGUGUGUUUUUGUGGUCUCUUGUUUGGGUCUCUCUCUGAUGUUCGUUUCUCCGUCUCCGUCCAGGUUCUGAUGUCCAGCUGCUCGCUGUGUCGCAGCUGUAACUCGCUGGUUUACGACGAGGAUAUCAUGGCGGGCUGGACGUCCGACGACUCCAACCUGAACUCGUCCUGUCCCUUCUGUAACGCCUCCUUCGUCCCCUUCCUGAACGCCGAAGUCUGCGACCCCGGACCCCUCAACAGGUACAGGUUUACAGAUUUGACCAAGACUCAGAAUCAGCUGAUGGAUUCAUGUAAACCUGGGAUCUGGACCAGGUGACCCUGUGGUCUGGAGGUGACCAGUCUGCGUCUCUGCUGAGGGGGUUACUGAGGGUCAGGUCGGUCUGAUAGCACCUUCAGCUGGUCUGUCUCAGAACCAUCAAGCCCAGUAGUUCCAGGCUCAGUAAACCAUUGGGUUGGAGUUUUGGUGCUGUGGACAGGUCCAGCUCAGAACCUCGAACCUCUCUGUUGAUCUGCAGGCCAACGAAUACUCCAAUCAAACUCCAAAUCUGUCCUUCAUUUUUUUUUUUUGUUUAAGUCUCUUUAUUGUCUUCUUUUUAAACAAUUAUACAACAACAAACAUAUAAACAUCAAUAAUGUCUCAUUUUUGAACAGUGAAACACCCCCCACCCCAAAGCUCCAACAGAGCCCUCUUCCCAAUGUACUCCGCACAGUGAAGAAAAAAAAAAGGAAAAAAAAAUGUGAAUAAAAAAAGGGAAAUAAAUAAAUGAAUAAAUAAAAAAAAAUAAUAAUGAAGUUAAGGAGAAAAAUAAAUUGAUUAAAAAAGAGGAAUUUCCUUUUUUUUACUCAUUCUUUUUAUAGUUUUUUUUUAACAAUUAUACGACAAAAAACAUGUAAACAUCAAUAACGUCUCAUUUCUAAACAGUGUAACACCCCACCCCCACCACAAAGCUCCAAUAGAGCACUUUUCCCAAUGUUCUCCACUUAGUAAAGGAAAAAAAAUAAACAUAAUAAAAUAAUAAAUAAAUAAAUGAAAAAAAUUUAAGGAAGAUACAUAAGUAAAUAAAUAAAGAAAAGAAAAAUAAAGGAAAAAAAUAAUGAAAUAAAGAAGAAAAAUGAAUAGAUUAAUGAAUAAGGAAGAAAAAUGAAUAAGGAAGAAAAAAAUUUCCUUUUUUUUUUUUUUUAGUCAGUUUUUUAUCGUCUUUUUUUUUUAAAUUAUACAACAACAAACAUAUAAACAUCAACAACGUCUCAUUUCUGAACAGUGUAACACCCCACCCCCACCCCAAAGCUCCAGCAGAGCACUUUUCCCAAUGUACUCCACUUAGUAGAGGGAAAAAAUAAAAAAAAUAAGGAAAGCAAAAUAAAUAAAUGAAUGAAUAAAUGAGGGAAAAAAUAAAGGAAAACAAUACAAAGAAAAAAAAAGGAAAAUAAUUUAAAUAAAAAUCAAAUUAAAUAAAGAAAGGAGAAAAAUUAAUUAAUUAAUAAAGGAAAGAAAAAAAACUGUCCGUCUUUAAGCUUUAUCGUCUUUUCUCAGUGUGGAGCGCUGCAACUGGAACAUGGAAGAUGAGGUGGAGAGCGCAGUGAGGCCACCUAGUGUCCAUGAACCCUCAGUGCGACUUCAGUGUAACGGCCUGAGCGAUGACUCGAGCUCGGAGACCAGCAGCUACUCGGAGAACAGCAGAACCACCACAGUAAGACUCUUUUUGCAGACUGGUUCUCCUGUUUCUGUCCUCUUGUCUCUGAUGGUGUCCCCCCCCCCCCCCAGGGCUCCUCAGUGGGUGGGGCUCCUCAGGUGACAGUGGCCUACCUGAGCCCUCUGGUCCUGAGGAAGGAGCUGGAGAGUCUGCUGGAGAAUGAGGGCGAGGCGGUCCUGGCUCAGCCUCAGUUCCUGGAGAACCACUCCAUCAUCUUCUGGAACCUGGUCUGGUACUUCCAACGCCUCGGUCUGCCCAGUAACCUGCUGCAGCUGGUCCGAGCUUCGCCAAUGGUCAGCCAGCUCACACAGGUACCUGAUCCGGGAGGAUCAACUGAAGAACCACUUAGACUUUUGAAAUCCGGUAAAUCUAGCUCUAAUGAAACAGUCUCCUUUCUCCGCAGACUGAGAACUCAGCAGUGAGGGUCCGGCUCCUCUGGGACACCCUCGCCCCUGACGUAGACCAGUGGCCUCCCCUCUACAUCCUCUGGAGGAUCCACAGUAAGUUAAAACACGCCCACACACUAAACUCCGCCCUUUUUUUAGGGCAGCGUGUCAAGGCUCGUCUCUCCUCUGCUGCUGCUCCUCCCCCUUUCCUCCACCAGGUGGCGUCCCAAUGAGGAGCUACAGCUGGAGGAGACACAACCACCCGUUCUCCCUCUCCUUCCUGGAGGAGGUGCUGCGCUGGGUCGGCAUGAAUGAGGUGCACAAAGCCAUCACGCUCUUCCUCGACACGCUUGCCAAACAGCCGGGAUCAGCCUGGACGCAGAGGUGGGUCAGAACAUCAACACUCCAAAAAAACAACAACACACUUUUACAAACAUCUAAAAAAGGGAGACAAGGACCAGAACCAAGACUGGAUGGUCCUGGUCUUCAGGGCACUAAAAACAGACAGGACUGUGGAGUGGGAGUCACCGCAUGGACUUAGAAUCAGCUCAGAAACCAGUUCAUCACUGCAUCCACUAAUGAGGUUCGAACUUUUCAAGGAUCCAUUUGAAACCUUUGAUUUGGUUGACCAUUAUUUACAAAACCCAAUUCCAUUAAAGUUGGGAAAUUGUGAUAAAUGUAAAUAAAAACAGAAUACAAUGAUUUUCAAAUCCUUUUCAAUCUAUAUUCAAUUAAAUACACUAUAAAGACAAGAUAUUUGAUGUUCAAACUGAUAAACUUUAUGUUUUUUGCAAAUAAUAAUUAAUUUUAUUAAAUAAUUAAUUAAAUUUCAUGGCUGUAACACGUGCCAAAGAAUUUGGGAAAGGUGGCAAAAAAUACUGAGAAAUUUGAGGAAUGCUCAUCAAACACCUAUUUGGAACAUCCCACAGGUGAGCAGGCUAAUUGGGAACAGAUGUGUGCCAUGAUUAGGUAUAAAAGCAGCAUUGAAUGCAUUUGACCUCCGAUCCCUCAGGUGGCACUGUAUCAAAAACCAUCAUCAAUGUGUAAAGGAUAUCACCACAUGGGCUCAGGAACACUUCAGAAAACCACUGUCGGUAAAUACAGUUUGUCGCUCCAUCUGUAAGUGCAAGUUAAAACGAAAGUUACGUAUGUAACUAAGGUUCUAUGAAUCCCGAAUGACGGCCAGAGGCGGUGCUUUAAGCACUGAAUGAGUCCCUUCGCGCAUGCGCAGUUCGAGCAUUUGUACCAAAAUAGUCACGCGUGACCCUGGGAUGAACCGGCAGAGGUUAUUUAUUCCACCGGUCACCGAGGGUUCAGUCCCUACAGAACUUUCCCGCGAGAACACGAGGGUUCUGAGUGACGGAGUGCUCUGGCGGUCAUUCGGGAUUCAUAGAACCUUAGUUACAUACGUAACUUUCGUUCUAUUUCAUCCCCUCUGACCGCCAGAGGCGGUGCUUUAAGCACUGAAUGACUUAUACCAGCAAAGUCACGAGGAACCCCAAUUAAAAACCUCAGAGGGCGGAAUCGGAGGACUCUGGAAGGAGAACCACACCCAAUGGGUGGGGAGUGGCCACGUUCACCCUAUAGAAUCUUGAGAACGUGCCUGAUCACGCCCACGAGGCAGCGGAGCAGAUCUCCUCGAGGGGAACUCCCCUAAGGGCAGCCCAUGAAGUGGAGACACUCCUCGUUGAGUGGCACCGUAAUCUGGAUGGCGUGGGAUGGUUACUAGCCUGAUAGGCGUGGCUGAUCGUGUCUACGACCCAGUGGGACAGGCGCUGCUUUGAAAGAGCGCUGCCUUUAUUUGGGCCACCAUAACACGAAGGAACGAAAUGAGCAGACUUUUAGCUACAACAAGUAACCGAAGCGUUACGCUUACAUUCACGGUACUCAACCAUAUGCAGGGGGGAAACGGUGCGCACACGGCCUCUACCAGCAUAGGUUGUGACUUGUAAAACAAUGCAAGUCCACUAAACAAGCUUAAUGCAACAGCAACCUACCUUGUCCGGAGGAGAGGGGCACGACGACCCUUCCUUACCGGGCGAACGCCACAGCAUUCGACGAAGUUAGUGAAGCUCCGCUCAGUCGGAGAUAAACAGCAGAAAUAAGGAAACAACUCAAAGGAAGUCACAGUCCCUGGAGGGCGAUUUUCGCUACCCCGACCUACGGCCACAGGACUACCAGUGACUUCACACACAGAUUAAAGGUAGGUUUUGUUUUUUUUUUAGAAAAAUGCCUCUCAUCGCAAGUUUGUGACCUGCGCGUGAGAAAGAAAAAGGGGACUGAACCCUCGGUGACCGGCGGAAUAAAUAACCUCUGCUGGUUCAUCCCGGGGUCACGCGUGACUAUUUUGGUACAAAUGCUCGAACUGCGCAUGCGCGAAGGGAAUCAUUCAGUGCUUAAAGCACCACCUCUGGCGGUCAGAAGGGAUGAAAUAGAACAACAUUCAGAAACGCAGCCUGGACUGAUGCAAAGUGGAAAAGUGUUCUGUCCACAUUUCAUAUUGUUUUUGGAAAUAGUGGACGUCGUGUCCUCCAGGCCAAAGAGGAAAAGAACCGUCCGGACUAUUAUCGAUGCAAAGUCCAAAAGUCAGCGUCUGUGAUGGUAUGGGGGUGCAUUAGUGCCCAAGACAUGGGUAACUUACACAUCUGUGAAGGCAACAUUAAUGCUGAAAGGUACAUACAGGUUUUGGAGCAACAUAUGCUGCCAUCCAAGCAACGUCUUUUUCAUGGACACCCUUCCUGCUUAUUUCAGCGAGACAAUGCCAAGCCACAUUCUGCACGUGUUUCAACAGCGUGGCUUCGUAGUAAAGAGUGCGGGUACUCGACUGGCCUGCCUGCAGUCCAGACCUGUCUCCCAUUGAAAAUGUGUGGCGCAUUAUGAAACGUAAAAUACGACAACGGAGACCCUGGACUGUUGAACAACUGAAGCUGUACAUCAAGCAAAAAUGGGAAAGAAUUCCACCUUCAAAGCUUCAACAAUUAGUCUCCUCAGUUCCAAAAUGUUUAUUGAGUGUUUUUAAAAGGACAGGUGAUGUAACACAGUGGUAAACAUGCCCCUGUCCCAACUACUUCGGCAUGUGUUCCAGCCUUGAAAUUCUGAGUUAAUUAUUUGCUAAAAAAAAAAGUUCAUCAGUUUGAAGAUUAAAUAUCUUGUAUCUUUGUAUUUAAUUCAAUUGAAUAUAGGUUAAAAAGGAUUUGCAAAUCAUUGUAUUCUAUUUUUAUUUACGUUUACCACAAUUUCCCUACUUCAAUGGAAUUGGGUUUUGUACUUUUAGAUCAACUUUUUGCUGUUGGUCUUGUUAAAAAUGAUCUUCUUUGGUUUAAUGUCUGUCUCCACAACCGUCGUCAAUUUUUUCAGGGUCAUCAGUCUGACUUUAUAACUACUGAAAAGGGUGUCCCACAAGGCUUCACUUGAGGUCCACUUCUUUUUUCUAUUUUUAUUAAUGAUUGACCUAAUAUCUGUUCAAACUGUUAUAUCCACUUACAUGCCGAUGACACUGUUAUUUACAAUUCAAACUCUGACUUCUCUCAAAUCCAGAACUCUUUACAGUUUGAUUUUGAUUUGGUUCAUAACUGGUUCAGUAAGAACAAACUUUUAUUGAGCAAAAAGAAGUCCUGCAGUCUGAUUUUCAGACACAUCACCUCCGAUCUAGUCCAGUUGACUUUCACAUUAAUUUUUCUGACGGAUCUCUUGUUGACAAAGUUGAUUCAUUUCAAUAUCUUUGACUUUUGGUUGAUCUGACCUUCAAACCUAAUAUUGACUAAAUUGUCAAAAAGUCAUAUGAUUGUACCUGUUGUUUGAUUAAUUGUUUUACUUUAAAUGUUAGAAAAAGACUAAUAUUACAGCUGAUAUUAACAUUUAUGGAUUAUGCUGAUAUAGUUUACCAUUUGACUCUCAUCUUAAAUCUCAUUUUAUUUAACCCUUUAUGGACUGUAUUAUAAGGUGCACCUGAUUAUAAGGCACACCAUCAAUGUACGCGUCUAUUUUCAUACAUAAGGCACACCAGAUUAUAAAACGCACCGGAUUAUAAAGCGCAUUAAGCCAAACAAAGUGCUCCGACAAGCCAUCAGGCUGUGCGGCUUUAUAGCUUACCGAAGUCACAAUAAAACAUUUUGACAGAUUUUUGAGCUCUGGGUACCACAUAAAAUUGUUUUGAGGUCAGUAAGCACAACCGGAAUUCAUACAUAAGGCGCACCUAAUUAUAAGGCGCACUGAGGAUUUUUGAGAAAUUACAGGAUUUUAAUUGUGCCUUAUAGUGCGAAAAAUACGGUAGAUUUGUUUUGACACAUCACUGCUUUAUGUUUGACUCACUGAACUGGUUAAAUCCCAAAUCAAGACGGUAAUUUCAUUGGCUUCAUUUCUUUUUUAAAUGUGUUUAUUUCCAUUGACCUUCAUUUUUUUAAAGAACUCUUUAUCCCAUAUAACUCCCCAUACUCUCUUAGACAUAUGAACUACCCAUUUUUCUUUUUUUCUAGAAUCUUUAAAGAAGUUGAUAAAAGAUUGUUUCAGUUUAAAGCCCCAUCAGAUUGGAAUAACGUACCUCUUUCUUUGCGUUCUAUUACUUCUUUUUAUUACUUCAGAAUGGCACUUUACUCUCAUCUCAAAACAAAUUGCUCAUGUUGCUGAUUUAUUUUAUUUAUUUUAUUGCAUUUAUGCUCACAUUAUCCAUCCUUGUUCAUAAGUUUUGUCUAUUUUGUAGGUUAGAUGUAUGCUGGUUGGGGUUGUGUGUGGGGGUAAAGGUCCUUUAACACCGGGACCGUUUCUUACGUGCGAUUAUUUCGGACAUCAAUAUUUUUUUUCGACUCCGUAUCCUGUCAAUACAAGCGUUCACAUCAGCGAUGUUUUCUCAUCCUGCGAUAUUGCGGCAUUUAUUUUUUCAGACCACGGUCGAUUAUUCUAAAGAUCUGCAUACUGUGUGUCCACUUCUUACCAAUCAGAUUUCGUGUUGUUCCGACAUCUGAUUCACCGGUAUAUCCAACAUGUCCAACCGGCUGAUUGUUUACGUGUCGGAGAACAGAGUGUUUUUUGAUAAAAGACACAAAUAUUACAAAGAUAACGACCUGAAGGACAACUUCAUAGCGUUGGAUUUCUCAUAUGACAAUAGUUUGUGUGCUUCAACAGUUUGCUAAACAUCUUUGUUUUAACUUUCAUCUGUGCUAAGUAACUUUAGCUCGUAAGCUAAGCCGUUCAGAUAAAACAUACCAUAUGUAUUUUCACUGUCUCAAACUCAAUCACAGCGUUGCUGUCACAGCAACAUUAGGUCUCGGUUGUUACCUUACGUUUAUGGAUUAUAGUUUAAUGUUCUUAUCUGGUACUGGCCCCGACUCAGUACAUGCUAUCAUGACAGACAGUCAUCUCAACACUAGUGUCUAAUCAGAACUGAAAAACAGUCCAUCUGCUGUUGUGUCAGUCUUCUCGCGUCUUUUCCUCCCCGGAGAGUCGCAAAAUCGCAUCAGGCUUGAUGUGUAUAGUCAGGCGCGUCAAAAUUUGCCUCUGACUAUUUCAUAAUUCUGCGUCAGAUAUUUGCGUCGGUCCCGGUGUGUAAGGACCUUAAGAUGUCUGUAUUUGUUAUAUAUUAAUGUAUGUUCAUGUAUUAUAAUGUGUCCUGAGUUAUAUGUAUGUUUCUUUAGGGACUGUCUUGAAAAUGAGAUGCCACAUCUCAAGGGGUUAUCCCUCAAUAAAUUCAAAUUCCACCAGAACACCAGAGACUUCUCUGGAUCUGAGUCCAUUUAAGGUGGACUGAGACAAGAACUGUCCUGAGGUCUGAUGGAUCAGAAUCUAACCCUCUUCUUUUUGAAGGGUCAACUGGACUGACUUGAGACAUUUCACCUUAGGCAAAACGUCUCAAGUCAGUCUCAAGAAAAACCCUUCAACGAAGAAUUAGAGAUCCUGGACUCUAGAGGGUCCACCCAGCUUGUUCUCAGCUCCCAGUCCAAAUCCAGCAUCCCUGAUGGUCUGGGGACCAUCAGAGUCCAUUUCAUGAGUAUCUUCCACAUAACAUCUCUCUCUCCCUCUCUCUCAGGAGUCUGUACAGAGAGUUCCUCUUCCUCACGUUGGCAGCUAUGGGCAAAGACCACGUUGGUAAGACCCCCUCAAUAAAGUGGUUUUUAUCUCUUAAAGUCCAGUUUUUAGGAUCCAUCAGACCGAUGACGUAACCUUCUCUGCAUCUCUUUCUCAGCUGCGUUUGAUAAGAAGUACAAAGUGGCGUACUCGAAGCUCAGCGGCACUCUGGGUCGCGAGGAGCUCAGGAAGAAGCGAGCUCAGCCUCCCAGCCCCAAAGCCAUAGACUGCAGACGCAGCUUCCACCCGCCGCUCGAGUGCUGAUCCUCCAGGAGACAAAACCACGUCCCUGAAGACUCCUGCAGCUCCAUCCUCUGAGGGGAGGAGCAGAAACCAGGACCGCCACCGCUGCCUCCGCCUCCGCCGCCGCCUGCUCGUAUUCUUCACCUCUCUGCUGCCUCCUGGUGGAUCAGGGAGUGAAGCGCUCCCUCCUAUCCUGUAUUCCUCUGUCCGACUCGUCGAUGUGAUUCCAGCAGCUCUUUGUCCUUUCGAAAAACCCUCAAAGCUGAUCCGGCUGCAGCGGAGAUGGACCGAAGAGACUCUUCCUGCCCGAGGGUGAAACUCUGAGCCGAGAUCGGAGAAACAGAGUGAGAGCAGGAAGGAAGGAAAACAGGAGGAAUCUGGUUCCUGCAUGUCCACAGAGAUCAGCUGUGUCUGUGUGAACUUAAGUUUUCUGUUUUCAAAUACACGUUUAAAAAGUUAAGGUCACUGCAGGAGAUCCUUAAUCCUGGAAGUGAACUCCUGAUGUCAAGACCUAAAACUCAAGGACUCCUCCUCCUCACCACCACCACAUCAUCAUCAUUUCCUCAUCUGUGUGUCUUUGUUUUGUGCUGCAGCUCAGUCAGGCUUCGUAAAGGGAAAACUUUCAUAUGAGGAAGUUCAGGAAAUAAUCAAACAUGAAGCAGAGACCUUUGUCUUAAUUUGAUCCCCCAAAAAAACUUAAAAAAAAAAAACGUUUUAUAAAAUCAGAGUCGGUUAUUUUACAGCUGAUGGAACUCAAGCAGAGACUCUUGAAAUCAAUGAAUCUUUAGAUGCUUGUCUUCCUGAGGUCUUGUCAGCUUUAGGGUUUGGAUUGUGGUUUUGGUGGACCUCAGAAAGACUCCACCCCGAGUCUUUAAAUCAGGAAACAGAAGAUCUUGAUCAAGCUGAGAUAAUAAACUCUGAAAGUUUCACUGAAGCUUGAUGCUUUGGUUCAAUAUGACUAAGAUUGACCCAGAAGAGGAAGAGGAGGGUGCUCACAGCCAGUCUUAAAGAACAACCAGAGAAGAGGUUUGAACUGAAUCACGUCCCCAUGUGUGUGAGGCCUGCAGGCAGGAUGAUGGAGGACAAUAAUCAGACCCCCGAGAGUCAGAAAACAGAGAAUAGAUCAAAGUACCUGUCAGCUGUUUCCCUCUGUUUCUCUCUCCUUUUGAUUGGAUUGACUUGAACUCCUCGCGUCCGCUUACCUGUGCUAUGUUUGACGUUUUUAAGGCUCGAAAUUGUUCAAUAAUGUUUUUGAGAUCGCUCCAGUAAAUGUGAAGGCUUCAGCCCUCCCCUGACACCUCGGUAGGUUUUCUUAUGAAUCACAGCAGUUGCUCGGAUUGGUUUAAAUGUUAUAAUCAAAGAAAGCUAACGUGUUGAGGCAGAGCAGCAACUCCUGCGAUCUGCAGAGUAGGGUUAGUUUUCUUUAAAAACAAAGUCUGACAGUUUCAAAGAAAGAGAAAACACCAUGUCUGGGUUUAGAGGAGGUGCGUCGUUGUUGGGAUGUUUAAGACUCUUAAAAAAAACUGCAGAGCACAGGAGCUACUAGUCUACCCCUGUUUGAAUGAUCAGUGUUUAUAUGUUAUCGCACGUCUUAAUUCGUCACUCAGAUCUAACACAGUUUAUGUUGUAAUUAACCUAAUUAAACCUGGUACAUGCAGGCAGAGGCAGACCAGCAACUCCUGUGAUCUCGAAGGUCGAUGUUUUUUGUGAAGAGAGUCUGGGGGCUUUUUAAAAAAAAGAUAACUAUCUUAGUCUGGAUUCCUGUGGGACAGUGGAGCCACCAGACCUCAUAUACAUAAAUCUGAAUUCUCAUAGUUCAGGAGGUGGUGUUCUACCGCUGUCAUGUUUGUACCUUCUGUGGCUUUUCUAACGUUUGGUUUGGAUUCACUGCUCUGUGCCUGUAAGACAAACUAUCACACACACAAGCUAACGGAUUCAGGCAGGGGGAGGUAGGAGUGUAACAGCUGCUCACUCUGUGGACUGCAGAUGAUAAAGUAAAUUUAAUAAUAAAGCUGAACAGUCCGGGAUCCCCUCUGCUGCAGCCAGCAUGACCCUGGAGCUGAAACUCAUGUUCAAACUAUCAACUCACCGGACAAACUCCAGGUCCAAGUUUACUAUAAUCAAUGUGAAAGUUCAGGUUUGAGUCUGCUGAGGACUGAAGGUCAUUAACGAGGCCGCCUGACUGCCUCAUGUCACAGAGAGAAACACAGCACUGUAUAUUUAAAUGCACCGGACUGCAGUUUAUUCAACUUUAAAGGGACUUUGACUUGACUUUGUGUUGCAGGUUGUUUUAUUGAAUAAUUAAAGCUCAGAGGAGACGAGUUUAUUUAAAAUAGGAACUUGUGUUUGCUGUUGUAAUUUAUAUCUGGCUGUGAUUUCAGUUGUAAAUGUUUGUUUUGAUAAAAAACACAAAAAUAAAAGACAGGGGUGCGCCUGAAAUGUCUGAC